CGAGCACGAGAAAACCACGAGAUCAGUCUUGCUUGAGACUUGGAGUGAACUGGAAGUGUUUCCCUCUAGUUUGUAGUGGAGUGGCCGUAAAGUAAAAAAAGGAAGAAAAAAAGCAAAGCGCUGCAGAGCCUUGGGCAGAGCAAGAGCACCAAGUUGGCCAGAGUUGGAAGCUCCCUUGGACAGGGUGUGGAAAACAGUGAGCAACAUUUGGCUGUAAGCAAACCGACACAAAGUGCAAAGGUGUGCGCGAGAUUUGAUGCUGUACGAAAGUAUAUGAUCAAGCUGUGAAUCGUGUUGAAAGUGUAAUAAGAGUGAUUUUUUGAAAGCCUAUUCGCGGUGAAAAUAAAAUUGGUGCGAGAUUUCUUAGAAUCUUACAAAACAGUGUAUUUUCUUCACCGUGUUGCGGUGUUGGAUAAAGCGAAAGGAAAAGAUUUUUGUCUGUGCUCGUUACAAUCCAGUGCAGCAAAGGUGCACGAUUCUGAAUAAAACAGCAAGUGAAGCUUAGUGUCAAAGUGGUGCGCGCGAUACAGCGCUGUAACGCAGGUUGAUAGUAAAGCGUUAGCGCUUGGGUUAAAACAGCUCGAAAGCGCUGCGGUGCCGUAUUGGAAAGUUGGAACAUAUCGCUGUCGAUCGCGAUCGGAUUGCUUUUGCGGAUACUGUGCCGUUUUACUGUGGAUACAAUAUCGCUGCUGACUGUUGAGCAACCGCGGUAAAUCGUUUCGUGACCAGAGGAGCAACGAAUCAAACCGAAUCUUCUCCUUUCCGGUUGCCUUCGUUGACGGCAACAAGCAGCCAUGGUGAAAAAUGAUGCAAACGCUUAGGAAACAUUCAUCAAUAUUGGCAAAAAUGAAAAUAUUUUUGCCACUAGUGGUGUGGAUAAUUCUUCUGUUUCGAACGACAAACGCACAACUCUCAGCGUCGCGUAAGCACGUGGGAAUCUUUGGUCUGAAACACGAAGUGUUUUUUCUCAACCUUGAAGAUGGCUACUUCGGUUGCCAGGUCAACGAAUCGACAGACUAUCUGCAGCUGUACGAGCUGUCCAAACUUUGUGAUGGUACAUCGGAUUGCUACAUGGGCUCCGAUGAACUUAGAAAUAAGUUAAAGUGUACAAAUGAUUGUGAUAAAGAUGGCACCGCUUGCUCGAAUGGAGUGUGCUUAGACGGCCAAUGCCACUGCAAUGAUGGUUUUGGUGGUUGUAACUGCCAAGUUCCGGAUGAAAACGAAUGUAAAUAUCGACCCUGUGACGUUUUCGCCCAUUGUACAAACACCCUCGGCAGCUUCACCUGUACGUGCUUUCCUGGCUAUCAAGGCGACGGUCUUCAUUGUGAAGAUAUCGACGAGUGUCAGGAUCCAAACAUCGCACAGCGGUGUGUUGAGAAUGCCGAAUGUUGCAACCUACCAGCUCACUUUGUGUGCAAAUGCAAACCCGGCUUCGAAGGCGACGGUGAAGAGCGAUGUGCAGAUAUCAACGAAUGCUUGGAUCCGCAAGCGUGUGGCCUGAACGCGGAAUGCGUCAACCUGCCCGGCAACUACACCUGCCAGUGCAGGGAGGGCUACUACGGCGAUCCGUACAACGGGUGCGUCGAUGUGGAUGAGUGCGUUCAGCCCGGCGUUUGCGGACCAGGUGCCAUAUGUACGAACCUUGAGGGUGGUUAUCGCUGCGACUGCCCGCAAGGAUUCGAUGGAGAUGCACGCUCGGCUCAGGGAUGCUUGGAUUACGAUGAGUGCGCACGUUCACCGUGCGGCCGGAAUGCGCUUUGCCGCAACGAGGUGGGCAGUUUCCGGUGCGAAUGUCAACAGGGCUUUUCAGGCGAUCCGAUGACGGACUGUCAAGACGUGGACGAGUGUUCCGGUAAUCCGUGCGCGGAGGGUGCGAUUUGCAUUAACACGCCCGGCGGCUACCGGUGCAAAUGUCCGCCCGGAUUGGUGGCCUCGGACGACGGUCAGUGCACGGACGUCAACGAAUGUGCGAAGGCGCAUGCUUGCGGUGAAAAUGCCAAGUGCAUCAACUUUCCCGGAUCCUACAAAUGCUUGUGUCCGCAGGGAUACGAGGGACGCGGUGAAUUGUUCUGCAAAAAUGUAAACGAAUGCCUUGAUAAUCCAUGCGGGGAAAAUGCGCUAUGCACGGACACGGUGGGAAGCUUUAUCUGCUCAUGCAAACCAGAAUACACCGGCGACCCGUUCCGGGGCUGCGUCGAUAUAGACGAGUGCAGCGCGUACGAGAAGCCGUGCGGCGAGCACGCGAUCUGCGAGAACGCGUCGCCCGGGUACAACUGUCUCUGCCCGCAAGGGUACGUGGGUCGGCCGAACGCGAAAGUGGCCUGCGAACAGGCGGACGUGAACGUGCUGUGCACGACCGCCUUCGACUGCACCAACAAUGCGGAGUGCAUCGAGGGUCAGUGCUUCUGUCAGGACGGGUUCGAGCCGCAGGGCUCGGUGUGUGUCGACGUGGAUGAGUGUCGAAGUGGCGCGGGGGGCUUGCGCAAGGAGCCCGCCUGCGGACCGUCGGCGGUGUGCGUGAACACGCCCGGCUCGUACCGGUGCGAGUGUGAGGCGGGCUUCAUCGGAACGCCGCCCCGAGUGCCGUGCAAACCGCCCUGUGCGGACGUGAAGUGUGGUAAGAACGCGUACUGCAAGGCGGAAGGCCAGGAAGCGUUCUGCAUCUGCGAGGAGGGGUGGACGUUCAACCCGGCCGACAUUGGGGCCGGCUGCGUCGACAUUGACGAGUGUGAUCCGGCCCAGGGCCCGAACGGGCGGUGCGGCUUGAACGCAGUCUGCACGAACCACCCGGGCAGCUACAGCUGUACCUGCCCGCCCGGGUAUACGGGCGAUGCGACACGCCAGUGCCAGGAUGUGGACGAGUGUGCCCGCCCCGGUGCGUGCGGCACGAACGCGCUCUGCAAGAACCUCGACGGAUCGCAUCAGUGCAGCUGUCCGGCGGGCUCGAUUGCCGAUCCGGAUCCGAGUGUGCGGUGUAUCAGUGUGGUUGCCUGUGCAAAGGACGCGGACUGUCCGGGCAAUGCGGUGUGCGAUCAGCAGAAGCGCUGUCUGUGUCCGGAGCCGAACGUCGGCAAUGACUGUCGCCAUCCGUGCGAAAAGGUGACCUGUGGGCCGAACGCGCACUGUAUGCUAGUGCCGGGCGGAGGCGCCCAAUGUCUGUGCAGUGAGGGUUUCACCGGCCAACCGGGUCAGUGCGUGGACAUCAACGAGUGUGGAGCCAACCCGUGUCCGAGUGGAGCGGUGUGUACGAAUCUCCCCGGCGGUUACACCUGUCAGUGUCCGGGCGGAAGCUCGGGCGAUCCGUACUCGGGCGGCUGCUCCAAGUCCGCCCUGAACGCGUGUGGCGAGAGCAACCCCUGCCCGGCGGGGGAGAAGUGUGUGCAGGACGCGUACAGCGGCAAUAGUGUGUGCAUCUGCGGGCAGGGCUACAAGCGCGACUCGAAGGGGCGCUGUCGCGAUGUGGACGAGUGUGCGGACGACAGCGGCAAGACGGCGUGCGGUGUGAACGCGUUCUGCAAAAACCUGCCCGGCAGCUACGAGUGCCGGUGUCCGGCCGGGUUCAAUGGCAAUCCGUACCAGUCGUGCGACGAGUGCCACAGUGCGGAGUGUCGCUGUGCAGCGCCGUACAAGCUGAUGGAGGGCAACUGCGUGCUGGACAGCUGCUCGCCGGACGGCAAGUGUCCGGGCGGCGCGGAAUGCAUCACGAUUACGGGCGGCGUUAGCUACUGCGCCUGCCCGAAAGGGUUCCGCACGCUCACGAACGGCCACUGCGAGGACAUUGACGAGUGUGGCGAGGGGCAGCAGGUGUGCGGGUACGACGCGAUCUGUCUGAACACAAUCGGUGGCUUCGAGUGCAAGUGCCCGCUCGGCUACUCGGGCGAUCCGUACCAUGGGCUGUGCACGCUGGCGCAAAAGCGGUGCGCCGCGGACCGGGAGUGCAGUGCGAACGAGCGGUGCGUCCAGCCGGGUGAGUGUGUCUGCCCGCCGCCGUACUACAUGGACGCGUACGAUGGCAACCGGUGCAAGAGCCCGUGCGAGCGGUUCCCGUGCGGCAUGAAUGCGCGCUGCACGCCGUCCGAUCCGCCCCAGUGCAUGUGCGAGGUCGGGUUCAAGGGCGACCCGCUGACCGGCUGUAUCGACGAGGACGAGUGUGCCAACAGUCCGUGCGCGUACGGUGCGCAGUGCGUGAACCAGCGGGGCGGCUACAAGUGCGUCUGCCCGGCCGGGAUGGUGGGUGACGCGUACAAGGGCGGCUGCAUACUGGAGCAGGGCGCGGUCAAGAGCCAGUGCCGGCGGAACGAGGACUGCGCGGAUACGCUGGCCUGCGAGCGGGGCACUUGCGUGAGUCCGUGCGCGAGCCUGCUGUGCGGACCGAACGCGUUCUGCGAGCCGGAGAAGCAUGCGGCCUGGUGCCGGUGUCGGGCCGGUUUCGUCGAGGGCCCGGGUGGAGACUGUGUAUCACAAUGCGAAGGGUACAUGUGUGGCCAGGGAGCGAUGUGCAUUGUAUCCAACACCGGACCGACCUGCAAAUGUCCGCCGGGAGAGAUGGGAAACCCGUUCCCGGGCGGUGCCUGCACCACGGACCAAUGCUCCACCAGCAGACCGUGUGCCGAUCCGCAGGUUUGCAUUAACGGACGCUGCAAGCACAAGUGCGACGGGGUAAUCUGUGGCAUCGGAGCCACCUGCGACGCUGCCAGCGGGAAAUGCAUAUGCGAGCCGUACUUCGUCGGCAAUCCGGAGCUGAUUUGCAUGCCACCUGUCUCAUCGCCUGCCUGUGAACCUUCGUGCGGCCAGAACGCACACUGCGAGUAUGGCGUCGUGCAGAACGUGUGUGUGUGCAACCCCGGCACGACCGGCAAUCCGUACGGGCUGUGUGAGCCACAGCAGCGCAACAUGUGCAGCCGGAUGCGGUGCGGAACGAACGCCGAGUGCCGCGAGUCGCUCGCCUCGGCGGAGUGCGUUUGUCCGGGCGGGUUCAGCGGCAACCCGUACGUGGCGUGCCGCGACGUGGACGAAUGUUCGGCGGUCGGUGUGUGCGGCGAGGGCGCGAUUUGCAUCAACUCGGAGGGCAGCUUUGACUGCCGUUGCCGGCCCGGGUAUGGCGGCAAUCCGUUCGUGAUGUGUUCCGCGAUAGAGAAAACGGUUUGCACCAAUCCACGCCAGUGUCAGUGCGGGGCGAACAUGCAGUGUCCGCCCGGAUACGGUUGCGUGCGUGGCGUGUGCAACAAUCUGUGCGCCAACACGACCUGCGGUCCACGGGCGGCCUGCGACGCGGGACGAUGCGUCUGUCCGCCCGGGUACACGGGCAAUGCGGCCGACCGCAAGAGCGGCUGCGUGCCGGACGGCCAGUGCGACAGUGAUGCGGACUGCGAAGCGUCCAAGAUUUGCUUCCAAACGAGCAAAGGCGUGCGACGGUGUGUGGAUGCGUGCAGCAAGGUGCAGUGCGGCCCGAACGCGCUCUGCGUGUCGAACGAUCAUCGCAGCACGUGCAUCUGCGCACCGAGCUAUGUGGGCAAUCCGGGCGACCUGACGGUGGGCUGCCAGCAGGAGGCGAAGCUGGUGGCGGAGUGUAAAACCGACGGCGACUGCAAGCCGGGCCACGUGUGCACGGCUGUGACGGAGACCGGACACCAGGCGUGCGUCAAUCCGUGCAGUGCGGUAGAGUGUGGCGUGCACGAGGUGUGCACGGUCAAUGAGGUCAAUCAACCGGUCUGCCACUGUCAGAGCGGGUACCGCUGGAAUCCCGUUACCUCGGGGUGUGUGAAGCCCUCGAUCCCGGAUUGUACGGCGGACGCGGACUGCCAUCAGGUUGCAGCCUGCCGGCCGGAUGCCGUGGGCGUGCUGAAGUGCAUUGCCGUGUGUACGGAGUUCACCUGCCCGCCGAACUCGGUGUGCGUGUCGUCCAAUCAUCGCGGCAGCUGCCAGUGUCUGCCAGGCUACACGGGCAACCCGAACGACCGCAAUGGCUGCCGUCCCGAGCAGCAGAAUACCUGCCUCACCAGUGCGGAGUGCGCAGAGUCGGACGCGUGCGUUGCGUACGACGGUGCGGCCCUGUCCUGCCGACCGGCCUGUGAGAGUGUGCAGUGUGGCCCGUACGCACUGUGCGUCACCAACAAUCAUGCCGCGCAGUGCCAGUGUCCGCCGGGCUCGUACGCUGGCGAUCCGUACGACCUAGCGAAGGGAUGCCAGUCGGUGCCGUGCGUCUACAACCGGGACUGCCCCUCGAACCAGCUGUGCAAUCGCAUGACGCACAGCUGCGUGGACGUGUGUCAGGAGGAUACGUGCGGCGAGAAUGCGGUGUGCAUCGCGGAAAACCACCGCUCCGUGUGCCAGUGUCCGCCGGGCUAUCGGGCGAACCCGAUUGCCGAGGUCGAAUGUGCGCAGGUGCGAUCGUGCGAUCCGAACCCGUGCCAUCCGUCCGCUUCCUGCGAGCCAGGCCCGGAUGGGUACGUGUGCAAGUGUCCGGUAGGACAGAUCGGAAACCCUUUGACGGGAUGCCGACAGGAAGGGGCCUGUCCCGGGGGAGAUCGCGACUGUCCGGACGGUGCGGCCUGCGUGAACGGGAAGUGUACCGAUCCGUGUCUGGGUGCGUGCGGCAUCAACUCGCAGUGCACGGUCGUCAAUCGGGAGCCGGUGUGUAGCUGCAAGGCGAAGUACGUCCCCGGCGCGACGGGAUCGGCACGAGACGGUUGUGUCCGAUCGAGCAGUGGCUGUAUGAGCGAUCUCGACUGCAACGGAGACGUGUGUCACGGUGGCCAGUGUGCGGUUGCGUGCCGCAACACCAACGACUGCUCGCCGGGCGAGCGCUGUCUUAGCAACGUUUGUGCCGUGCCCUGUUCCGAUCACAGCCAGUGCGGCCAGGGGCAGGCGUGCGCCGGUGGCAUAUGUACGAUCGGGUGCCGCAGCAGCCGCGACUGCAGCGGAACGACGGCCUGCAUUGACUUCAAGUGUACCGACCCGUGCACGGCGGACAGGAAUGCGUGCGGACCGAACGCGCUCUGCUCGGCGGUAGAUCACGUGCCCCAGUGCACCUGUCCGGCAGGGUUCGAGGGCAAUCCAUCGCCCGACCAGGGCUGCGUGCGGAUGCCGACGAGCUGCGAAACUUCGGCACAGUGUGCCGCGGGCCACAUGUGCAUCGGCAAUCUGUGCAGUUUGCCCUGCUCCGAGACGUCGCCAUCCUGUGCGAUUGGAGAGCGGUGCGCUAACAGCGUUUGUGCGAAGGUUUGCUACACCAACAACAACUGUCUGCCCGGCGAGGUAUGCAGCGAGGCGAGUGUGUGCGUGCCAGGAUGCGGAACCGACGCCGACUGCCCAUCGCAGCGCGUUUGCCAGGCGGGCAAGUGCAAGUGCAUGAAGGGCUUCAUCGGGACGCCGUUCGGAUGCACCGAUAUUGAUGAGUGUUCCGAGCGGCCGUGCCAUGCGAGCGCGGUAUGCGAGAACAUUCCCGGCUCCUAUCGCUGCGAGUGUCCCGAGGGAGCGGUUGGGGACGCUUACGCCAGUCCGGGCUGCCGCAAGCCGAGCCAGUGUCGCCGGGAUGUCGACUGUGCGGACGAGCUGGCCUGCAUCGGAGGCAAAUGCCGCAGCCCGUGCAGCACGAAGCAGUGCAGCCGGAAUGCGGAGUGCCAGGUGGUGGGCCACCGGGCGGAAUGCUUCUGUCCGGCGGGAUACCUUGGCGAUGCGACGGACGGGGAGAUCGGCGGCAUCGGCUGCUUCAAGGUGGAGUGCGUGCACAACGAGGACUGCGGAGUGGAGCGGGCCUGCAGCGAGGAGUCGAACCGCUGCGUCAACCCCUGCGAGCAGCUCAACUGUGGCCGGGGAACGUGCCAGAUCCAGAACCAUGAGGCGGUGUGCGUUUGCUACCAGGGCUACACGUUCGCCAACGGCAAGUGUGAAGACAUCGACGAGUGCGCGCGCGAAUCCCCUGGCCCAUGCCACGAAACGGCACUGUGCGAGAAUUUGCCGGGCAAUUAUCUGUGCUCCUGUCCGACCGGACUGGUGGGCGACCCGGUGACUGCCGGCUGCAAGCGGGCCGAUGAAUGUCUGUCGAGCGAAGACUGCCCGAGCGGUGCAGUGUGUGUGGACGCCCAUUGCCAAAACCCGUGUGCCGAGGCGAAUGUGUGCGGCGAGAACGCACUGUGCACGGUGGUCGGCGAGCGGGCCCAGUGUGAGUGUCCCCCAGCGACCCGGGGCAAUCCCAAGGUAGCCUGCAAGCGGCUCGAGUGUACCACGGCGGACGAGUGUACGGCGGAUCGAACGUGCAUUGGCAAUCGCUGCAUCAAUCCGUGCUCGCUCAAGAGUGCGUGCGGCAGCAGUGCGAACUGCGUGUCGAAAAACCAUCUGGCCGUGUGCUCUUGUCAGCCGGGCACGACUGGCAAUCCGCUGCUGGGAUGUGUGCCGCUGCAGUACUGCAACGACGACCCGCAGUGCCCGACCGGCACGAAGUGUAGCGCUGGGGUGUGCUGCUCGCUGUGCGGCACCAACCGCGACUGUCUGGACGAUCAGCUGUGCAUACAGGGCGUGUGCCAGCCGACCUGUCGCUCCAACACCACCUGUCCUGACUUCCAGUACUGCCACAACGGCAUCUGCACGAAGGAGUUCAAAUGCCGGGCGGACGACGAUUGCGGCGCGGACGAGAUGUGCAUCACGGACGCGAACGGACGGUCGGAGUGUCGCAAUGCGUGCAACAGUGGGCGCGUCCUGUGCGGCCGCAAUGCCGACUGCAGCGCACGCAACCAUGUGGCGGAGUGCGAGUGCAAGCAGGGCUUCUACCGGGAUGCGGGCGGCAUCUGCCGCAAAGUGGAGUGCGAGCGCGAUGACGACUGCUCCUCGGACAAGGUGUGCGAGAACCACGCGUGCAAGAUCGCCUGCCUGACGGGCGAGGCGCCCUGCGGCGCCAAUGCGCUCUGUUCGGCCGAAAACCACCGCCAGGUGUGCUACUGUCAGCCGGGCUUCACCGGCGACCCGAAGCGGGGCUGCUCGCUGAUCGACUUCUGCAAAGAGCGACCGUGCGCACCGAACGCCAAGUGUCGCAACAGCCGAGGCUCGUACCGGUGCUCGUGCCCGGCCGGGCUGGUGGGGGAUCCGUACCAGAGCGGCUGCAAGCGUGCGGCCGAAUGCGAGCGGAACAGUGACUGCCCGGAGGUGGCCGAGUGUGUGCAGGAGAACGGUGAAUCGAAGUGUCGCGAUGUUUGUGCCGGUGUUCGAUGUGGCCCGAACGCGGAGUGUGCCGCCCGUAAGCAUAAUGCGGAGUGCAAGUGCCGGCCGCGGUUCGAGGGCGAUCCGAAGGAUCUGACCAAUGGCUGCAAGCCGAAACCGAUGUCUUGCAAGCGCAAUAAUGACUGUCCGGAGAACUCAUACUGUCACGGGCAGAUCUGCAAACCGGCCUGCUCUGAAACGGACGAAUGUAACCAGGACGAGGUUUGCUCGAACGGGCAGUGCGUUAACCCGUGCCACGAGGUGAACGCCUGCGGUAUGAAUGCCGAAUGUUUGAUGGGAGCGCAUGCAAAGCAGUGCUCGUGUCCGGCAGGCUUCACCGGCGACGCAGCCGUCGAGUGUGUGCGAGUUCCGAUAUCGUGCGCGUCCAAUACGGACUGUACGGAUGGCAGCAUCUGCAAGGAGUCGAUGUGUUUGCCACGAUGCAGAAACGAUCAGGAGUGUGCACUGAACGAGAAAUGUCUGCAGGGUAGCUGUAUGCUGACGUGUCGUUUGGAUAACGAUUGCUUCCUGGGACACAUAUGUCUGGCGGGGCGAUGCGUUUACGGCUGUCACGCCGACAGUGACUGCAGUGCUAGCGAAACCUGCCGCGACAACCGAUGCGUCAACCCGUGCCAGGAAAAUCCUUGCGGACCGAAUGCCGCUUGCACCGUGGUGAACCAUCGGGCCAGCUGCUCCUGCUUCAGUGGCAUGGUACCCAGCCCGACCGCAAAGGUAGGCUGCGUGCGAGCUCCGGCCCUACAGUGUACGGAGAAUCGUGACUGUGCCGACGGUACGUCCUGCAUCGACCGGCUUUGCCGGCCAGUGUGUGCGAACGAUCAAAGCUGCCUGAACAACGAACGCUGCGAUGGCGGUUCGUGCAAGCCGAUCUGUCGCAAGGAUGACGAUUGCCGUACGGGCGAGAUCUGCCAGGGUCAAACGUGUAUGAUCGGUUGCCGAUCGGACGGCGGAUGUGCGGACCAUUUGACGUGCAGCGGGCAGCAGUGCGUUGAUCCGUGUCAGGAACCGACGGCCUGUGGCACGAACGCCGAGUGUGUGGUCGUUGGACACAGGAAGCAGUGCAGCUGCCCGGCCGGUUUGGUGGGCGAUCCGUUCAGCUUGGGCUGCCGGCAGGAGACGCGCCUCUGUCAGGCGCGCACCGACUGUCCGAAGGGGCAGGCAUGCUACGGCGGUACCUGCAUGCAGACGUGCCGUAACGAUCAGAACUGUUUGGCCGACGAGCGGUGCGUUCGGGGAACGUGCCGAACUGUGUGCAACAGCGAUGCGGCCUGUGGCGAUGGAUUGAUCUGCGAGGGACGCAUCUGUCAGGCAGGGUGUCGAUCGGACAACCAGUGCAGCAACACGCAGGCCUGCAUCAACAAGAAGUGUACGGAUCCGUGCGCAACGCUUGGCCAGUGUGGCUCGUGCUCGGAGUGCAAGGUCAUCGAUCACGGUGUGCAGUGUAGCUGCCCGCAGGGAUACCUGGGCAAUCCGUUGCUGUCGUGCAGUCCGCCGGCAGAAAAGUGCAACGCGCAAUGUACCUGCGACGAGGACGGUAUGUACUGCGUGAAGGCCUGCCGCCAGCAGAAGGACUGUGGAUGUGGACAAACCUGCCACCGGGGCAAGUGCCGCAGCAAAUGCAACCCGGGCAACUGCCCGGCGGGACUACUCUGUCAGAAUGGGGCCUGUGUGGCGGGCUGUCGAACGAGCGCUGACUGCCCCAGCGAGCGGUCCUGCACCAACGGCAAGUGUGUGGAUCCGUGUGCCGGUGGUAGAGCGUGCGGCAAGAAUGCGCUCUGCCAGGUGUCGGACCAUCGUUCGCUUUGCCUGUGCCCCGACGGUUUCCAGGGUGAUCCGUCGAUAGGCUGUGUGCAGUACGAAUGCCAAACCAACGACGACUGCGAGUUGGACAAGAAGUGCGCGAGCGGAAAGUGCAUCAAUCCGUGCCUGAGCCCGGGUGCGUGCGGUCUGAACGCGCAGUGUCGCGUUGUGAACCGGCAGGCGCAGUGCAGCUGCACUCCCGGCUUCUUCGGCAAUGCGCGUCACGAGUGCCAGCCGGUGCAGAAGAACGGCUGUGCUCAGAAUCCCUGCGGCGAGAAUACCGUUUGCCGGGAGGAUGAGAAUGGCUACGAGUGCUCCUGUCAGCCGGGUUGCGUGGGUGAUCCGCGACAGGGCUGUCUGUGCGAGGAAAAGCUCAAGAAGGACGAUUGCGAGCAGUACGCCUGUGGUACGAAUGCAGUCUGCCGCAUGACCGAAUGGGGCGCACCGUCGUGCGUCUGUUUGCCAACGCAUCCGCACGGUGACCCGUACAUGUCGUGCACUCAAGAUGAUACCGCAACCGACUGUCGAACGACUGGCUGUGCGGAAGGAGAGUGUGUUCGUGACGGUGCCAAGUUCAUCUGCCGCAAAGAACUGGGAUGUAGGCAUAGCAACGAGUGUCCUUUGGAAAGAUCAUGCAUCAACGGAAUUUGUGUUGAUCCAUGUCGAUCGGGCAAUCCUUGCGAUAUUGGCGAAGAAUGCGAAGUUCAAAAUCACGAAACAGUUUGUGUGAAACUAUGCCAAUGUGAAAAAGCAUCAGACUGUGCAGGAGGAUUGAUAUGUGAUGGCUGUAACUGUGUUCAAAAAGAUACCGAUAGAACAACUGGUUGUGAGCAUUGCCCACCGGGCAUUCCUUGUGAUCCAAUCACUGGCGGUUGCGUCAAGGUACAAUGCACCACAAACGAUGAAUGUUCACUUACGGAAGCCUGUGUUGGAAACGUGUGUCAAAGACCGUGCGAUGUAAAGAACACUUGCACGGCGAAUGCAGUUUGCAUCAAUACCAAUCACGGUACUGAUUGCAGUUGCAUCGACGGAUAUCAUGGAAACGGUUUUGUACAAUGCGUACCAGUAACGACUGUAGGUUCAGUGUGCCAGUACAACGAAGAUUGUCCGCCCGAUAAGCUUUGCGAUCGGUUGAAUCGCAUCUGCAUCAAUCCUUGCCAAGCCGACUCUUGCGGCGACAAUGCAGAGUGUUUUGCAGUGAAUCAUGGAAUUGAUUGCCGCUGUCGGGCAGGGUACGUUGGUAAUGCUUACAUUGAGUGUACACAGCACCAAGGGUGUCUCUCGGAUCGGCAGUGCAACGACAAUGAAGCUUGUAUCCAGGGCCGCUGCUCAUCACCUUGCCAGUGUGGACCGAAUGCUAUGUGUGAUGUGAAACGGCAUAAAGCCGUGUGCCGUUGCCCACCGGGAUACGGUGGUAAUGCGCGUACUGGAUGCAAUCCGCCAAGUAAUCCGUGUGAACCAAACCCAUGCGGAAUCAAUGCAAUGUGUGAAAUCGACAAUGGCAGCCCGGUGUGUUUCUGUCCGCGCGGAUUAACUGGAAAUCCAUUCAAGAAUUGCAUUCCUGAAGGAAAUGAGUGCACACCAAAUCCAUGCGGACCCAACUCGGGAUGUCGCAAAAUCAACGGUAAACCGACAUGCUUCUGUCUGCCCGAGUUUGAAGGAAAUCCACCCCAGACGCCAUGUACGCUGCCACAAAACCCGUGUGUCCCGUCACCGUGCGGGCCCAACACUCAGUGCACAAUACUGAGCAAUGGGUAUGCAAAAUGCACAUGUGUGCCAGGGUACAUUGAAAGUCCCAACACGAUCCGUGGCUGUGUGGAACCGUCAAGCCCGUGCGAUCCGAAUCCCUGCGGCUUUGGAGCGAUCUGCGACGCAACGCGCAAUCCCGUAUGCUACUGUCCAGAUUCGAUGAUAGGCAAUCCCUACCGUAGCUGCCUCGAGCCAGUUAUGACACCGGAGCUGUGUCAACCGGGACCAUGCGGUGCGAAUGCGGAUUGCUAUGUGGCAGAAGGCAGGGAGCAGUGUUACUGCAAGCCAAACUUUAUCGGUGAUCCGUAUGGAGGAUGCGUUGAGCAGCCACGGUCUGUAUGCGAACCGAAUCCCUGCGGUCCGGGAGCCGAGUGUGUGCUGCUGGUAGAUGGGGCACCGGGAUGCCGAUGCCCACCAGGGCUGAGCGGCGAUCCGACGACAACGGGAUGCCAUGCGUUUGAAUGCUUGAGCGAUGAUCAGUGUGCUGCGGACAAGGCUUGCAUCGGACUGCGAUGUGCUGAUCCGUGUCCGGGAUCGUGUGGCGCGGGAGCGCAUUGUCGUGUCGAGAAACAUCAUCCAGUGUGCUUCUGUGACGCUGGUUUAACAGGCAAUCCUGCCGUACAGUGCUACAGCUUAGAUGAACGGCCUCGCGAUGCUUGCAACCCCAGCCCGUGCGGUGCCAAUGCUCGUUGUAGCGUGAGGAACAAACGGCCAGUGUGCAAGUGCCUAACGAACUACCAUGGAGAUCCGCGUAAAGGUUGCAAGCCUGAGUGUGACAUCAAUUCUGACUGCACACCGGACAAGUCUUGCGUCAACCAUAAGUGUGUAUCGCCGUGUGCAUUGGGUACGGUGUGCGGCGUGAACGCGGAAUGUAGUGUUAAUUAUCACACACCGAUGUGUAAGUGUCCUUCGGGAUAUACGGGCGAUGCGUUCGUGCAGUGCGUGCCGAUACCGGAGGAUCGCAACAUGACCAGACAACCGUGCUCGUCGGAUCCGUGCGGUCCGGGAGAGGUUUGUUCAAUAUAUGGUAACGAUGUCGCUCUGUGCGAUCCGUGCGUAGCUCCGGAUGCAAUACAUAAUCCCAGAUGCCGACCUCAGUGUGUGCUGAACACGGAUUGUCCGUUCAAUAUGGCAUGCCUGCAGUCGGAAUGUCGAGAUCCCUGCCCGGGAUCGUGUGGAUACAACGCACUGUGCACCGUCGAGCGUCACCGACCAGUAUGCUACUGUCCGCCGGAGAUGUAUGGAAACCCUUACGAACAGUGUAAGCCACAGGAGAGUCCACGGGAAACGUGCGCUAGUAUCCGUUGUGGAGCAAACACGCAAUGCAAACAGCAGAAUGGCGUCUUGGCUUGCGUAUGUAAAAAGAACUACUACGGAGAUCCUUUGAUAGGCUGCCGACCAGAAUGCGUUGUUAACACGGAUUGUCCGAUCAGUAAGGCGUGCGUAAAUUCACGCUGCGUCGAUCCGUGCGUAGAUGCGUGCGGUGUGAGCGCGCAGUGCAAAGUGGUUAAUCAUUUACCGAUUUGCUUCUGUCCGCCCACCCACACCGGUGAUGCGCUGGUUGCAUGCACGGAACGAACGUACCUUCCUCCGGACAAUACACCGUGCGACCCGAACCCCUGCGGACCGAACAGUAAAUGCCGUACUACACCUGAUGGGUACGCCAUUUGCUCGUGCUUACCGGGGUAUCGUGGAGUGCCGCCCGCCUGCCAGGCCGAAUGUAUGAUCAAUGCAGAGUGUCCGCAGAACAAGGCGUGCAUCAAUCUAAAGUGUGCCGACCCAUGUCCGGGUACGUGCGGCGUCGGUGCACGCUGCGAAGUGCUGAAUCACAAUCCGAUCUGCAGCUGUGGAGCCAACCAGCAGGGAGAUCCGUUUGUGAUCUGCGAGGCACGACAAAACGAACCACCAGUGGAGCAGAAGAAUCCCUGCGAUCCAUCGCCCUGCGGACCGAACUCAAUUUGUCAGGUACGCGGCCGAAGGCCGGUGUGUUCGUGUCAGCCGAACUUUAUCGGUUCUCCGCCGGCCUGCCGCCCGGAGUGUGUACUAAGCUCCGAAUGUCCCCAGGACAAAGCUUGCAUUAACGAGAAGUGUCAAAAUCCGUGCGCUAACGCGUGUGGCGCUAAUGCUGACUGUCACAUCGUGGCACAUUCUGCGUUCUGUAGCUGCCGUGCUGGAUUUGAAGGAGAUGCUUUCAUUGGAUGUUCCGCAGUGCCGAAGGACACACCAAAGGAUGUGUGCUAUCCGAACCCGUGUGCAGAAAAUGCGGUAUGUAGUGAGCACAAUGGCGCCGCCAAGUGUACCUGCAUCACACCGUACCUGGGAGAUCCGUACAAUACGGGAUGUCGACCGGAGUGCGUACUGAACUCGGACUGUCCCAGCCACACGGCGUGCGUCAAUCAACACUGCCGCGAUCCGUGCCCGGGCGUGUGCGGUACGAAUGCGGACUGUACCGUGGCCAAUCACAUACCGGUGUGCGAAUGCAGUCGGGGAUACGUGGGUGAUCCGUUCCGUGGCUGUCGUCGAGAAGUACCACCACCAGUGGCACCGAAAGAUCCGUGUGCGUCCUGUCCAUCGAACAGCGUAUGUCGAGUAGUAGGAGGCCGACCAACAUGUUCCUGUCCGGAGGGAUACCGCGGAACACCGCCAGCUUGCAGGCCGGAAUGCUCAAGCAGUGAGGAAUGUCCGCACGACCGCAGCUGUAUUAAUCUGAAGUGUGCCGAUCCGUGCCCUGGGCUGUGCGGUAUAAACGCGCAAUGCCAAGUGAUCAAUCACAAACCAUUUUGCAGUUGUCAGCGUGACAUGAUUGGUAAUCCGUUCGAGCAGUGUUAUCCGAAACCGGCGGAACCAGUGCAUCCAUGUCAGCCAAGCCCGUGUGGCGCGUACUCGGAAUGCCGUGAGAUUGACAAUCGUGCAGUGUGUACGUGUGCUGCUGGUAUGCUCGGAACACCGCCGAACUGCAGACCGGAGUGCGAAACAGAUCAAGACUGUCCGUCGAAUCGAGCGUGCUUCAAUCAGAAGUGCCGCGAUCCCUGUGUGGGCUCCUGUGGAUACAAUGCGCAGUGCAGCACCCGUAACCAUCGACCCGAGUGUUAUUGUGUUGAUGGGUUCGAAGGGGAUCCGUACAGUGGUUGCAAUCCAGUCGCUAUUAAACGGGACGAAAUAAUUGACCCAUGCAAUCCGUCCCCUUGCGGUUCGAACGCGAUCUGCAAGGAUCGAAACGGUGCUGGUUCUUGUAAAUGCAUGCCCAAUUAUUUCGGUGAUCCAUACGUCAACUGCCGACCGGAAUGUGUUCAAAGUUCGGAAUGUCCGUCUACCAAGGCAUGCGUCAACAUGCGCUGCAUUGACCCAUGCCUUGGCACGUGCGGGCUUAACAGUGAAUGUCGUGUACAUAACCAUUCGCCGUACUGUAGCUGUAGUCCUGGUUAUACGGGCAAUCCAUCACAGGCUUGCCGUCCUAUCGUGGUAGAAAAUCUCCCUGCCCGUCAUCCGAUAGACCCCUGUUCACCAUCUCCAUGUGGUCCGUACAGCAUAUGUAGGGUGCUGGACGGUCAUCCGGUUUGCUCAUGCCAAAUCAGUUGUUCAGGCGUUCCACCCAAUUGUCGUCCAGAAUGUCUCAUAAACGCAGAGUGCCCUCGCGACAGAACUUGUAUCAAUCAACGAUGCAUCGAUCCGUGCCCGGGUACGUGCGGAAUGAACGCGCGAUGCCGCGUGGUAAAUCACAAUCCAAUUUGCAGCUGUAACGCUGGAUUUAUCGGUGAUCCAUUUGUGCAGUGCUCACCGGAGCCAACACAACCGAUAUUGGAGGAAGAGUACAGGAAUCCGUGUCAACCGUCACCGUGUGGAGUGAACUCCGUGUGCAAAGUACACAACAAUCGAGCUGUGUGCUCGUGUCUGCCCAACUACGUGGGUCGUCCGCCAAGCUGUAGACCCGAAUGUGCGGUAGACUCGGAAUGUCCCAUGAAUUUGGCUUGCAUUAAUGAAAAGUGCCGCAAUCCUUGUCUUGGAUCGUGUGGAGUUAAUACCGAAUGCGCUGUAGUAGCUCACAAACCUUUGUGCAGUUGCACACCAGGCUACAGUGGAGAUCCUUUUGCUGGAUGCAGCAUUAUUCCGAUCGUACAACAAGAAACUCCUAUGCCAUGUAAUCCGAGCCCAUGCGGAGCAAAUGCUAUCUGCAAGGAGCGCAAUGGUGCGGGAUCAUGCACUUGUGCGCCGGAAUAUUUCGGCGAUCCAUACGUUGGGUGUCGCCCUGAGUGUGUAAUGAACAGCGACUGUCCUAGAACACGAGCAUGUAUAAAUAACAAAUGUCAAGAUCCGUGCCCAGGAACGUGCGGAGUAAAUGCCGAGUGUCAUGUUGUGAAUCACGCUCCAAGUUGCGUUUGCUUGACAGGAUUUAUAGGGAACCCGUUCACGGAGUGUAGACCUCAGCCGGAAAUUCGAGAUGAGCCUGUAGUGCAACCAUGUCAACCGUCACCAUGCGGCCCGAACAGCGUGUGUCGCGUGCUGAACAAUCAUGCCGUAUGCACAUGCAAGCAGAAUUAUAUUGGUUCACCACCCAACUGUCGUCCAGAGUGUGUGGUCAGCUCGGAGUGUCCGCUAGACAAAUCAUGCGUUAAGACCAAGUGUGUGGAUCCUUGUCCAGGCACAUGCGGUUUCAAUGCACGAUGCCAAGUAGUGAACCACAAUCCUAUCUGCAGCUGCAAGGCUGGCUUUACAGGAGAUCCAUUCGUACGGUGUAUACCGGAAGAACGUCGUCCUGUCGUACAGGAAACCCCUACCGAUCCUUGCAUUCCGUCUCCCUGUGGACCAAAUUCUCAAUGCAAGGCUGUUGGUCAUACGGCGGCCUGUUCUUGUUUGCCAAAUUAUAUCGGACGCGCACCGAACUGUCGCCCCGAGUGUACUUCCAACUCUCAGUGUACGCCGAUGAAGGCGUGCAUCAAUGAACGCUGUGGUGACCCUUGUCCUGGAUCUUGUGGCUCGAAUGCACUCUGCACAGUCCAAAACCAUCAGCCCAACUGUCGUUGCAUUGAAGGAUACGAAGGCGAUCCAUAUACCUCGUGUAGCCCUGUAAUAAUACACCGUGAACCAGAAAUAGUAGAUCCCUGCAAUCCAUCCCCGUGUGGCAUAAACGCGGAAUGUAAUGUACGCAACAACGCAGGUUCCUGCACUUGUGUGAAGGAUUACUACGGUGAUCCGUAUCACGAGUGCCGGCCUGAGUGUAUGCUCAGCUCGGACUGUCCGAAUACUCGGGCAUGUUUGAACAACAAAUGCGUCGAUCCGUGCCCGGGCAUGUGUGGUCUGAACGCGGAAUGCUUCGUCAUGAACCAUUCGCCUUCUUGCGCUUGCAUGCCGGGCUACACUGGAAACCCAUCACAAGCAUGUCGCGAGAUACCGAAACAAAUCGAACACACUCCUAUCGAUCCAUGUCGUCCGUCGCCCUGUGGCCCGUACAGCCAGUGCCGCAAUGUGAACGAACAUGCCGUCUGUUCGUGUCAGGCCAAUUACAUUGGUUCGCCACCGGCUUGUCGUCCAGAAUGUACUGUUAGCUCUGAAUGUGCAAUGGAUAAGGCUUGUAUCAAGCAGUCGUGCUUGGAUCCGUGUCCUGGUACGUGCGGUUUUAACGCUCGUUGUACGGUAAUCAAUCACAAUCCGAUCUGUAGCUGUCCCUCCGGCUUUACCGGCGAUCCAUUCGAACGAUGUGUGCCAGAAGAAAAACAAGUGGUUCAAGCUGAACCUACGAACCCCUGCCUUCCAUCGCCGUGCGGACCAAAUUCACAGUGCCGAGCUGUCGGAAACGUGCCGGCUUGCUCGUGCUUGCCCAACUAUGUUGGUCGAGCUCCGAACUGCCGGCCCGAAUGUACGAUCAAUGCGGAAUGCUCUGGUAAUCUUGCCUGCGUCAAUGAAAAGUGCGCCGACCCAUGCCCGGGAUCGUGCGGCCCUAAUGCUGUUUGUCGCGUGAUUGAACAUUCGCCUUCCUGCUCCUGCCAAACCGGAUAUACGGGAGAUCCUUUCUCCGGCUGUACAGUCAUUCCUUUAACACCUGUUCGCGAAGAAUCUAGAAACCCAUGCAACCCUUCGCCCUGUGGAUCGAACGCGGUAUGCAAGGAACGGAACGGUGCAGGAUCAUGUACAUGUCUGCCGGAUUACUUUGGCGAUCCGUACAGUGGCUGUCGACCGGAGUGUGUUACCAACAGCGACUGCCCACGUGUGAGGGCUUGCGUGAAUAAUAAGUGCGCUGACCCUUGCCCGGGUGUUUGCGGUAUUGACGCAGAAUGUUAUGUAGUCAAUCACUCGCCAAGUUGUGCUUGCCGACCAGGCUAUACCGGUGAUCCGUUCACGCAAUGUCGUCCACCAGAGCAACCUAAACAAAAUGAACCGAUCAAUCCAUGCACUCCGUCUCCAUGUGGUCCUAAUAGUAUCUGCCGCGAAUCGAAUGGGCAUGCCGUUUGCACGUGCCAGGCCAGUUUUAUCGGAACGCCACCAAACUGCCGACCGGAAUGUAUCGUCAGCUCGGAGUGCGCUCUUGAUAAAGCUUGCAUUGGCCAAAAGUGUAACGAUCCAUGUCCUGGUACUUGCGGCCAGAAUGCACGUUGCCAAGUGGUUAAUCAUAACCCAAUCUGUAGCUGUUCACUUGGCUUCACCGGAGAUCCGUUUGUUCGAUGCGUACCAGUUGAAAAAGCUCCGGUCGUACAAGAUCCCGUAGAUCCAUGCGUUCCAUCACCUUGUGGGCCAAACUCCGUCUGCCGAGCUAUUGGGUCGACACCUGCAUGUUCUUGUUUGCCAAACUACAUCGGCCGAGCGCCAAACUGCCGUCCAGAGUGCAUGCUCAAUGCCGAAUGUCCAGCCACGUUGGCAUGUGUAAACGAACGAUGUACUAACCCUUGUGUAGGAUCUUGUGGUAUUAACGCACGGUGUACAGUAGUGAAACACAAUCCGAUCUGCGAGUGUGAGGCUGGAUUUACCGGAGAUCCGUUCUCUGUCUGUACAGAAAUUAUUCCCAUACGUGACGUGGAACCGGUCAAUCCAUGCAAUCCAUCGCCGUGCGGUGCCAAUGCAGUAUGUAAAGAAAGAAAUGGAGCCGGAUCGUGUACUUGUAUGCCAGAAUAUUUCGGUGACCCAUACACAGGAUGCCGUCCGGAAUGUGUACAGAACACAGACUGCGAAAAGUCGAAGGCAUGCAUGAACAACAAAUGCCGCGAUCCGUGUCCAGGUGUUUGCGGAUUGAAUGCUGAAUGUGUCGUUCAAAACCACAGUCCCGUGUGCUUCUGCUUAGAAGGAUACACAGGUGAUCCGGCCAGUACCUGUACUUUGGCCGAGAUUGUAACCGAGCGUCCUAAGACUCCUGGAUGCCAACCAUCACCGUGCGGACCGAACAGUCAAUGUCGAGAAAUCAAUGGACAUCCAGUGUGCUCCUGCUUGGCGGGUUACAUUGGAACGCCACCGAUGUGUCGUCCGGAAUGCGUCGUCAGUUCGGAGUGUAGUCAGGAUCGCGCCUGCGUAAACAAGAAAUGUGUAGAUCCAUGUCCAGGAACGUGUGGUGCCGAGGCACGGUGUCAAGUUGUUAAUCACAAUCCAAUAUGUAGCUGCCCUCCCGGGUUUACUGGAGAUCCAUUCGUGCAGUGCGCAAAGAAAGAAGAACAGAAGGACAUUACACCUGUAAAUCCUUGUGUGCCUUCGCCAUGCGGGCCUAAUUCAAACUGUCGAACUGUUGGCAGUCAGCCUGCCUGUUCAUGCGCCGCCAACUAUAUUGGACGACCGCCGAACUGUCGACCGGAGUGCACCAGGGACGCCGAAUGUCCAAGUAAUUUGGCAUGUCAGAACGAAAAAUGCGUGGAUCCUUGCACGGCUGGUUGUGGAUUGAAUGCAGUUUGCCGAGUCAUCAACCAUAAGCCAGUUUGUACAUGUGACGAAGGUUUCGAAGGAAAUCCCCUAGAACAAUGUAGUCGCAUUCUGCCGCCUACAACAGAGAGGCUAACACCUUGUACUCCUUCACCAUGUGGACCUAACGCUGAAUGCCGCGAACGGAACAAUGCUGGAGCAUGUUAUUGUUUAACGGGCUAUGAAGGCAAUCCAUAUGAUGUCUUUUCGGGUUGUCGUCGUGAAUGUGACGUGAAUGCUGAUUGUCCAGACAAACUAGCAUGUGUACAGUAUAAAUGUGUCGAUCCAUGUCCAGGUGUUUGUGGUGCACAAGCAUUGUGUGAAAUUCAAAAUCAUGUACCAACAUGCAUUUGUCCCGAAGGUACAGUCGGAGAUCCUUUCGUACAGUGCAACCUACGGAUGGCAGAUCCGGUUACACCUGCAUCACCUGUGUGUGACAAGUAUACAUGCGGUCCAAAUAGCAUUUGCCGUAUACAAAACGGUGUUGCUGUUUGUAAAUGUCAGCCAGAUAUGGUUGGUAGCCCACCAAACUGUCGACCAGAAUGCCAGCAAAAUAGUGACUGUGAGGCCAACCGGGCUUGCGUUAAUUUGAAGUGCAUAGAUCCAUGCCCCGGUUCGUGCGGACAAAAUGCCAACUGUAACAUCAUCAACCAUAAUCCAAUAUGUAGCUGUGCUCCUGGAUUCACCGGUGAUCCAUUCACUCGAUGUUACAAAGAAAUUGUAACUACCUCAACAACAGAGGCUCCAAGAGCAUUGUGCACACCAUCGCCAUGUGGACCGAAUGCUGAAUGUAAAGUUAUCGGCGACCGAGAGGCAUGUUCCUGUUUACCAGGUUAUAUAGGAGCACCGCCAAGCUGUAGGCCAGAGUGUAUUUUAAGCACAGAAUGUGCUGAUAACCAAGCAUGCAUCAGGCAAAAGUGUGAGGAUCCUUGUCCGGGAUCUUGUGGUCUGAAUGCAAAAUGUUCUGUAUCGCGACAUACGCCAAGCUGCAGUUGUGAUGCUGGAUUUACUGGAGAUCCAUUUACAGGCUGUCAAGCGAUAAUUGAGGAUGUCCCAGUAUUGAACCCUUGUAAUCCUAGCCCAUGCGGAGCCAACGCUCAAUGUAGGGAACAAAACGGUGCUGGAGCAUGCACAUGUAUUGAGGAUCAUUUUGGAAACCCUUACGAAGGAUGCCGUCCAGAGUGUGUGCUCAAUUCGGACUGCCCGUCGAACAGGGCUUGCGUUAGGAACAAAUGUCAAGACCCUUGCCCAGGAACCUGUGGUCAGAAUGCUGACUGCCAGGUCGUCAAUCACCUGCCCUCUUGUACCUGUUUCCCCGGAUACGAAGGAGAUCCGUUCCGAUAUUGUAACAUUCAACAAAGAGAACCGGUUCAAGAGUAUGUCAAUCCUUGCCAACCGAGUCCCUGUGGUCCCAACAGUCAAUGCCGAGAGGUUAACGGACAGGCCGUUUGCUCGUGUCUGCCCACUUAUGUUGGUUCUCCUCCGGGAUGUCGCCCAGAGUGUGUGGUGAGCUCGGAAUGCGCCUUAAAUAAGGCUUGUGUCAACCAGAAGUGCGUUGAUCCGUGCCCUGGAACGUGCGGAACCAAUGCUAGGUGCAACGUCAAUAACCACAGCCCCAUUUGCUCAUGUCAAUCAGGAUUCACUGGUGACCCGUUCACGAGAUGCUACCCCAUACCACGUAAGAUCCUCUCCUUUCGUUACACCCACGACGUAUUCCUUGCCAUCUCCAACCCUAUGGUAUCGUUGUUCUUUUCUACAACAGCUCCGGUACAAGAUACUCCGAUCGUUGUAAGGAACCCGUGCGUUCCUUCUCCGUGCGGUCCAAACUCACAGUGCCGUGAUGUAAACGGCUCUCCUUCGUGUUCAUGUCUGAUCAACUACAUUGGAUCUCCGCCUAAUUGUCGCCCAGAGUGUACAAUUAACGCGGAAUGUCCAAGCAAUCAGGCGUGCAUGAACGAGAAGUGUCGGGACCCUUGUCCGGGAUCGUGUGGCAUCAAUGCAAGAUGCAAUGUGAUCAACCAUACUCCCAUUUGUACAUGCGAGGAGGGAUACACUGGAGAUCCUUUCACAAGCUGUCGACCCAUGCCACCACCACGUAAGAAACUCUUCCCCAAUCUUUGGCUUCCAGAUCUCUUCAUAACGAAUCCCCUUCAUUCAACAGCGCCUGAGCCCGUCAAUGAUGAUCCGUGCAAUCCUUCGCCCUGCGGGGCUAAUGCGCAAUGCCAGAACGGUAUUUGCACAUGUUUGCCAGAGUACCAGGGCGAUCCGUACCGAGGCUGCAGGCCAGAGUGCGUCUUGAACUCGGACUGCGCUCGGGAUAGGGCCUGUAUUCGUAGCAAAUGUGUAGAUCCUUGUCCGGGCACGUGCGGUCAAGAUGCACUGUGCGAGGUGAUCAAUCACAUUCCGAUGUGCCGUUGUCCGGAUGGAAUGGCCGGAAAUGCAUUCGUGCAGUGUCGACCACAGCAAGCACCGGUUGUGACGAACCCAUGCAGUCCAUCGCCUUGCGGUCCUAAUAGCCAGUGUCGCGAAAUCAAUGGACAAGCCGUCUGCUCUUGUGUUCCGGGAUACAUUGGAAGCCCUCCGACGUGUCGUCCGGAGUGUGUUGUGAGCGCUGAAUGUCCUCAGAAUCAAGCGUGUACCAACCAGAAAUGUAGGGAUCCAUGCCCUGGAACAUGUGGAGUAGGAGCCAGGUGCUCGGUUGUGAAUCACAAUCCAAUUUGCAGCUGUCCAGAAAGAUACACAGGCGAUCCGUUCGUACGCUGUCAGCCCAUGAUCGAGCCUCCAGUACAAAUGACCCCCAGCAACCCUUGCCAACCGUCUCCUUGCGGACCAAAUGCACAGUGCCGCGCAGUGGGUGAUUCGCCAUCUUGCACUUGCAUAGAGGGUAUGAUAGGCGCACCACCCAAUUGCCGCCCGGAAUGCAUCAGCAACUCCGAUUGCUCAAACAAUUUAGCAUGCAUACGACAAAAGUGUCAAGAUCCUUGUCCUGGCGCGUGUGGAGCCAACGCGGAAUGUAGGGUUGUCAGCCAUACUCCGAUGUGCAUUUGUGCCGUUGGAUAUACUGGCGAUCCUUUCACUCAGUGCGUUCCUUUCCAACAAGAUACGCCCAAGGACCAGACGACGCCUUGCCUCCCCAACCCAUGCGGAGCCAACGCUCAAUGUAGGGAACAAAACGGUGCUGGAGCAUGCACAUGUAUUGAGGAUCAUUUUGGAAACCCUUACGAAGGAUGCCGUCCAGAGUGUGUGCUCAAUUCGGACUGCCCGUCGAACAGGGCUUGCGUUAGGAACAAAUGUCAAGACCCUUGCCCAGGAACCUGUGGUCAGAAUGCUGACUGCCAGGUCGUCAAUCACCUGCCCUCUUGUACCUGUUUCCCCGGAUACGAAGGAGAUCCGUUCCGAUAUUGUAACAUUCAACAACCCUCCCUCACUACAGCGGUACAAGAGUAUGUCAAUCCUUGCCAACCGAGUCCCUGUGGUCCCAACAGUCAAUGCCGAGAGGUUAACGGACAGGCCGUUUGCUCGUGUCUGCCCACUUAUGUUGGUUCUCCUCCGGGAUGUCGCCCAGAGUGUGUGGUGAGCUCGGAAUGCGCCUUAAAUAAGGCUUGUGUCAACCAGAAGUGCGUUGAUCCGUGCCCUGGAACGUGCGGAACCAAUGCUAGGUGCAACGUCAAUAACCACAGCCCCAUUUGCUCAUGUCAAUCAGGAUUCACUGGUGACCCGUUCACGAGAUGCUACCCCAUACCACGUAAGAUCCUCUCCUUUCGUUACACCCACGACGUAUUCCUUGCCAUCUCCAACCCUAUGGUAUCGUUGUUCUUUUCUACAACAGCUCCGGUACAAGAUACUCCGAUCGUUGUAAGGAACCCGUGCGUUCCUUCUCCGUGCGGUCCAAACUCACAGUGCCGUGAUGUAAACGGCUCUCCUUCGUGUUCAUGUCUGAUCAACUACAUUGGAUCUCCGCCUAAUUGUCGCCCAGAGUGUACAAUUAACGCGGAAUGUCCAAGCAAUCAGGCGUGCAUGAACGAGAAGUGUCGGGACCCUUGUCCGGGAUCGUGUGGCAUCAAUGCAAGAUGCAAUGUGAUCAACCAUACUCCCAUUUGUACAUGCGAGGAGGGAUACACUGGAGAUCCUUUCACAAGCUGUCGACCCAUGCCACCACCACGUAAGAAACUCUCCCCCAAUCUUUGGCUUCCAGAUCUCUUCAUAACGAAUCCCCUUCAUUCAACAGCGCCUGAGCCCGUCAAUGAUGAUCCGUGCAAUCCUUCGCCCUGCGGGGCUAAUGCGCAAUGCCAGAACGGUAUUUGCACAUGUUUGCCAGAGUACCAGGGCGAUCCGUACCGAGGCUGCAGGCCAGAGUGCGUCUUGAACUCGGAUUGCGCUCGGGAUAGGGCCUGUAUUCGUAGCAAAUGUGUAGAUCCUUGUCCGGGCACGUGCGGUCAAGAUGCACUGUGCGAGGUGAUCAAUCACAUUCCAAUGUGCCGUUGUCCGGAUGGAAUGGCCGGAAAUGCAUUUGUGCAGUGUCGACCACAGCAAGCACCGGUUGUGACGAACCCAUGCAGUCCAUCGCCUUGCGGUCCUAAUAGCCAGUGUCGCGAAAUCAAUGGACAAGCCGUCUGCUCUUGUGUUCCGGGAUACAUUGGAAGCCCUCCGACGUGUCGUCCGGAGUGUGUUGUGAGCGCUGAAUGUCCUCAGAAUCAAGCGUGUACCAACCAGAAAUGUAGGGAUCCAUGCCCUGGAACAUGUGGAGUAGGAGCCAGGUGCUCGGUUGUGAAUCACAAUCCAAUUUGCAGCUGUCCAGAAAGAUACACAGGCGAUCCGUUCGUACGUUGUCAGCCCAUGAUCGAGCCUCCAGUACAAAUGACCCCCAGCAACCCUUGCCAACCGUCUCCUUGCGGACCAAAUGCACAGUGCCGCGCAGUGGGUGAUUCGCCAUCUUGCACUUGCAUAGAGGGUAUGAUAGGCGCACCACCCAAUUGCCGCCCGGAAUGCAUCAGCAACUCCGAUUGCUCAAACAAUUUAGCAUGCAUACGACAAAAGUGUCAAGAUCCUUGUCCUGGCGCGUGUGGUGCCAACGCGGAAUGUAGGGUUGUCAGCCAUACUCCGAUGUGCAUUUGUGCCGUUGGAUAUACUGGCGAUCCUUUCACUCAGUGCGUUCCUUUCCAACAAGAUACGCCCAAGGACCAGACGACGCCUUGCCUCCCCAACCCAUGCGGAGCCAACGCUCAAUGUAGGGAACAAAACGGUGCUGGAGCAUGCACAUGUAUUGAGGAUCAUUUUGGAAACCCUUACGAAGGAUGCCGUCCAGAGUGUGUGCUCAAUUCGGACUGCCCGUCGAACAGGGCUUGCGUUAGGAACAAAUGUCAAGACCCUUGCCCAGGAACCUGUGGUCAGAAUGCUGACUGCCAGGUCGUCAAUCACCUGCCCUCUUGUACCUGUUUCCCCGGAUACGAAGGAGAUCCGUUCCGAUAUUGUAACAUUCAACAAAGAGAACCGGUACAAGAGUAUGUCAAUCCUUGCCAACCGAGUCCCUGUGGUCCCAACAGUCAAUGCCGAGAGGUUAACGGACAGGCCGUUUGCUCGUGUCUGCCCACUUAUGUUGGUUCUCCUCCGGGAUGUCGCCCAGAGUGUGUGGUGAGCUCGGAAUGCGCCUUAAAUACGGCUUGUGUCAACCAGAAGUGCGUUGAUCCGUGCCCUGGAACGUGCGGAACCAAUGCUAGGUGCAACGUCAAUAACCACAGCCCCAUUUGCUCAUGUCAAUCAGGAUUCACUGGUGACCCGUUCACGAGAUGCUACCCCAUACCACGUAAGAUCCUCUCCUUUCGUUACACCCACGACGUAUUCCUUGCCAUCUCCAACCCUAUGGUAUCGUUGUUCUUUUCUACAACAGCUCCGGUACAAGAUACUCCGAUCGUUGUAAGGAACCCGUGCGUUCCUUCUCCGUGCGGUCCAAACUCACAGUGCCGUGAUGUAAACGGCUCUCCUUCGUGUUCAUGUCUGAUCAACUACAUUGGAUCUCCGCCUAAUUGUCGCCCAGAGUGUACAAUUAACGCGGAAUGUCCAAGCAAUCAGGCGUGCAUGAACGAGAAGUGUCGGGACCCUUGUCCGGGAUCGUGUGGCAUCAAUGCAAGAUGCAAUGUGAUCAACCAUACUCCCAUUUGUACAUGCGAGGAGGGAUACACUGGAGAUCCUUUCACAAGCUGUCGACCCAUGCCACCACCACGUAAGAAACUCUCCCCCAAUCUUUGGCUUCCAGAUCUCUUCAUAACGAAUCCCCUUCAUUCAACAGCGCCUGAGCCCGUCAAUGAUGAUCCGUGCAAUCCUUCGCCCUGCGGGGCUAAUGCGCAAUGCCAGAACGGUAUUUGCACAUGUUUGCCAGAGUACCAGGGCGAUCCGUACCGAGGCUGCAGGCCAGAGUGCGUCUUGAACUCGGAUUGCGCUCGGGAUAGGGCCUGUAUUCGUAGCAAAUGUGUAGAUCCUUGUCCGGGCACGUGCGGUCAAGAUGCACUGUGCGAGGUGAUCAAUCACAUUCCAAUGUGCCGUUGUCCGGAUGGAAUGGCCGGAAAUGCAUUUGUGCAGUGUCGACCACAGCAAGCACCGGUUGUGACGAACCCAUGCAGUCCAUCGCCUUGCGGUCCUAAUAGCCAGUGUCGCGAAAUCAAUGGACAAGCCGUCUGCUCUUGUGUUCCGGGAUACAUUGGAAGCCCUCCGACGUGUCGUCCGGAGUGUGUUGUGAGCGCUGAAUGUCCUCAGAAUCAAGCGUGUACCAACCAGAAAUGUAGGGAUCCAUGCCCUGGAACAUGUGGAGUAGGAGCCAGGUGCUCGGUUGUGAAUCACAAUCCAAUUUGCAGCUGUCCAGAAAGAUACACAGGCGAUCCGUUCGUACGUUGUCAGCCCAUGAUACAAAUGACCCCCAGCAACCCUUGCCAACCGUCUCCUUGCGGACCAAAUGCACAGUGCCGCGCAGUGGGUGAUUCGCCAUCUUGCACUUGCAUAGAGGGUAUGAUAGGCGCACCACCCAAUUGCCGCCCGGAAUGCAUCAGCAACUCCGAUUGCUCAAACAAUUUAGCAUGCAUACGACAAAAGUGUCAAGAUCCUUGUCCUGGCGCGUGUGGUGCCAACGCGGAAUGUAGGGUUGUCAGCCAUACUCCGAUGUGCAUUUGUGCCGUUGGAUAUACUGGCGAUCCUUUCACUCAGUGCGUUCCUUUCCAACAAGAUACGCCCAAGGACCAGACGACGCCUUGCCUCCCCAACCCAUGCGGAGCCAACGCUCAAUGUAGGGAACAAAACGGUGCUGGAGCAUGCACAUGUAUUGAGGAUCAUUUUGGAAACCCUUACGAAGGAUGCCGUCCAGAGUGUGUGCUCAAUUCGGACUGCCCGUCGAACAGGGCUUGCGUUAGGAACAAAUGUCAAGACCCUUGCCCAGGAACCUGUGGUCAGAAUGCUGACUGCCAGGUCGUCAAUCACCUGCCCUCUUGUACCUGUUUCCCCGGAUACGAAGGAGAUCCGUUCCGAUAUUGUAACAUUCAACAAAGAGAACCGGUACAAGAGUAUGUCAAUCCUUGCCAACCGAGUCCCUGUGGUCCCAACAGUCAAUGCCGAGAGGUUAACGGACAGGCCGUUUGCUCGUGUCUGCCCACUUAUGUUGGUUCUCCUCCGGGAUGUCGCCCAGAGUGUGUGGUGAGCUCGGAAUGCGCCUUAAAUACGGCUUGUGUCAACCAGAAGUGCGUUGAUCCGUGCCCUGGAACGUGCGGAACCAAUGCUAGGUGCAACGUCAAUAACCACAGCCCCAUUUGCUCAUGUCAAUCAGGAUUCACUGGCGAUCCAUUUUCGAGAUGCUACCCCAUACCACCUCCGGUACAAGAUACUCCGAUCGUUGUAAGGAACCCGUGCGUUCCUUCUCCGUGCGGUCCAAACUCACAGUGCCGUGAUGUAAACGGCUCUCCUUCGUGUUCAUGUCUGAUCAACUACAUUGGAUCUCCGCCUAAUUGUCGCCCAGAGUGUACAAUUAACGCGGAAUGUCCAAGCAAUCAGGCGUGCAUGAACGAGAAGUGUCGGGACCCUUGUCCGGGAUCGUGUGGCAUCAAUGCAAGAUGCAAUGUGAUCAACCAUACUCCCAUUUGUACAUGCGAGGAGGGAUACACUGGAGAUCCUUUCACAAGCUGUCGACCCAUGCCACCACCACGUAAGAAACUCUCCCCCAAUCUUUGGCUUCCAGAUCUCUUCAUAACGAAUCCCCUUCAUUCAACAGCGCCUGAGCCCGUCAAUGAUGAUCCGUGCAAUCCUUCGCCCUGCGGGGCUAAUGCGCAAUGCCAGAACGGUAUUUGCACAUGUUUGCCAGAGUACCAGGGCGAUCCGUACCGAGGCUGCAGGCCAGAGUGCGUCUUGAACUCGGACUGCGCUCGGGAUAGGGCCUGUAUUCGUAGCAAAUGUGUAGAUCCUUGUCCGGGCACGUGCGGUCAAGAUGCACUGUGCGAGGUGAUCAAUCACAUUCCGAUGUGCCGUUGUCCGGAUGGAAUGGCCGGAAAUGCAUUCGUGCAGUGUCGACCACAGCAAGCACCGGUUGUGACGAACCCAUGCAGUCCAUCGCCUUGCGGUCCUAAUAGCCAGUGUCGCGAAAUCAAUGGACAAGCCGUCUGCUCUUGUGUUCCGGGAUACAUUGGAAGCCCUCCGACGUGUCGUCCGGAGUGUGUUGUGAGCGCUGAAUGUCCUCAGAAUCAAGCGUGUACCAACCAGAAAUGUAGGGAUCCAUGCCCUGGAACAUGUGGAGUAGGAGCCAGGUGCUCGGUUGUGAAUCACAAUCCAAUUUGCAGCUGUCCAGAAAGAUACACAGGCGAUCCGUUCGUACGCUGUCAGCCCAUGAUCGAGCCUCCAGUACAAAUGACCCCCAGCAACCCUUGCCAACCGUCUCCUUGCGGACCAAAUGCACAGUGCCGCGCAGUGGGUGAUUCGCCAUCUUGCACUUGCAUAGAGGGUAUGAUAGGCGCACCACCCAAUUGCCGCCCGGAAUGCAUCAGCAACUCCGAUUGCUCAAACAAUUUAGCAUGCAUACGACAAAAGUGUCAAGAUCCUUGUCCUGGCGCGUGUGGUGCCAACGCGGAAUGUAGGGUUGUCAGCCAUACUCCGAUGUGCAUUUGUGCCGUUGGAUAUACUGGCGAUCCUUUCACUCAAUGCGUACCUUUCCAACAAGAUACGCCCAAGGACCAGACGACGCCUUGCCUCCCCAACCCAUGCGGAGCCAACGCUCAAUGUAGGGAACAAAACGGUGCUGGAGCAUGCACAUGUAUUGAGGAUCAUUUUGGAAACCCUUACGAAGGAUGCCGUCCAGAGUGUGUGCUCAAUUCGGACUGCCCGUCGAACAGGGCUUGCGUUAGGAACAAAUGUCAAGACCCUUGCCCAGGAACCUGUGGUCAGAAUGCUGACUGCCAGGUCGUCAAUCACCUGCCCUCUUGUACCUGUUUCCCCGGAUACGAAGGAGAUCCGUUCCGAUAUUGUAACAUUCAACAAAGAGAACCGGUACAAGAGUAUGUCAAUCCUUGCCAACCGAGUCCCUGUGGUCCCAACAGUCAAUGCCGAGAGGUUAACGGACAGGCCGUUUGCUCGUGUCUGCCCACUUAUGUUGGUUCUCCUCCGGGAUGUCGCCCAGAGUGUGUGGUGAGCUCGGAAUGCGCCCUGGAUAAGGCUUGUGUCAACCAGAAGUGCGUUGAUCCGUGCCCUGGAACGUGCGGAACCAAUGCUAGGUGUAACGUCAAUAACCACAGCCCCAUUUGCUCAUGUCAAUCAGGAUUCACUGGUGACCCGUUCACGAGAUGCUACCCCAUACCACCUCCGGUACAAGAUACUCCGAUCGUUGUAAGGAACCCGUGCGUUCCUUCUCCGUGCGGUCCAAACUCACAGUGCCGUGAUGUAAACGGCUCUCCUUCGUGUUCAUGUCUGAUCAACUACAUUGGAUCUCCGCCUAAUUGUCGCCCAGAGUGUACAAUUAACGCGGAAUGUCCAAGCAAUCAGGCGUGCAUGAACGAGAAGUGUCGGAACCCUUGUCCGGGAUCGUGUGGCAUCAAUGCAAGAUGCAAUGUGAUCAACCAUACUCCCAUUUGUACAUGCGAGGAGGGAUACACUGGAGAUCCUUUCACAAGCUGUCGACCCAUGCCACCACCACGUAAGAAACUCUCCCCCAAUCUUUGGCUUCCAGAUCUCUUCAUAACGAAUCCCCUUCAUUCAACAGCGCCUGAGCCCGUCAAUGAUGAUCCGUGCAAUCCUUCGCCCUGCGGGGCUAAUGCGCAAUGCCAGAACGGUAUUUGCACAUGUUUGCCAGAGUACCAGGGCGAUCCGUACCGAGGCUGCAGGCCAGAGUGCGUCUUGAACUCGGACUGCGCUCGGGAUAGGGCCUGUAUUCGUAGCAAAUGUGUAGAUCCUUGUCCGAGCACGUGCGGUCAAGAUGCACUGUGCGAGGUGAUCAAUCACAUUCCGAUGUGCCGUUGUCCGGAUGGAAUGGCCGGAAAUGCAUUCGUGCAGUGUCGACCACAGCAAGCACCGGUUGUGACGAACCCAUGCAGUCCAUCGCCUUGCGGUCCUAAUAGCCAGUGUCGCGAAAUCAAUGGACAAGCCGUCUGCUCUUGUGUUCCGGGAUACAUUGGAAGCCCUCCGACGUGUCGUCCGGAGUGUGUUGUGAGCGCUGAAUGUCCUCAGAAUCAAGCGUGUACCAACCAGAAAUGUAGGGAUCCAUGCCCUGGAACAUGUGGAGUAGGAGCCAGGUGCUCGGUUGUGAAUCACAAUCCAAUUUGCAGCUGUCCAGAAAGAUACACAGGCGAUCCGUUCGUACGCUGUCAGCCCAUGAUCGAGCCUCCAGUACAAAUGACCCCCAGCAACCCUUGCCAACCGUCUCCUUGCGGACCAAAUGCACAGUGCCGCGCAGUGGGUGAUUCGCCAUCUUGCACUUGCAUAGAGGGUAUGAUAGGCGCACCACCCAAUUGCCGCCCGGAAUGCAUCAGCAACUCCGAUUGCUCAAACAAUUUAGCAUGCAUACGACAAAAGUGUCAAGAUCCUUGUCCUGGCGCGUGUGGUGCCAACGCGGAAUGUAGGGUUGUCAGCCAUACUCCGAUGUGCAUUUGUGCCGUUGGAUAUACUGGCGAUCCUUUCACUCAAUGCGUACCUUUCCAACAAGAUACGCCCAAGGACCAGACGACGCCUUGCCUCCCCAACCCAUGCGGAGCCAACGCUCAAUGUAGGGAACAAAACGGUGCUGGAGCAUGCACAUGUAUUGAGGAUCAUUUUGGAAACCCUUACGAAGGAUGCCGUCCAGAGUGUGUGCUCAAUUCGGACUGCCCGUCGAACAGGGCUUGCGUUAGGAACAAAUGUCAAGACCCUUGCCCAGGAACCUGUGGUCAGAAUGCUGACUGCCAGGUCGUCAAUCACCUGCCCUCUUGUACCUGUUUCCCCGGAUACGAAGGAGAUCCGUUCCGAUAUUGUAACAUUCAACAAAGAGAACCGGUACAAGAGUAUGUCAAUCCUUGCCAACCGAGUCCCUGUAGUCCCAACAGUCAAUGCCGAGAGGUUAACGGACAGGCCGUUUGCUCGUGUCUGCCCACUUAUGUUGGUUCUCCUCCGGGAUGUCGCCCAGAGUGUGUGGUGAGCUCGGAAUGCGCCCUGGAUAAGGCUUGUGUCAACCAGAAGUGCGUUGAUCCGUGCCCUGGAACGUGCGGAACCAAUGCUAGGUGCAACGUCAAUAACCACAGCCCCAUUUGCUCAUGUCAAUCAGGAUUCACUGGCGAUCCAUUUUCGAGAUGCUACCCCAUACCACCUCCGGUACAAGAUACUCCGAUCGUUGUAAGGAACCCGUGCGUUCCUUCUCCGUGCGGUCCAAACUCACAGUGCCGUGAUGUAAACGGCUCUCCUUCGUGUUCAUGUCUGAUCAACUACAUUGGAUCUCCGCCUAAUUGUCGCCCAGAGUGUACAAUUAACGCGGAAUGUCCAAGCAAUCAGGCGUGCAUGAACGAGAAGUGUCGGGACCCUUGUCCGGGAUCGUGUGGCAUCAAUGCAAGAUGCAAUGUGAUCAACCAUACUCCCAUUUGUACAUGCGAGGAGGGAUACACUGGAGAUCCUUUCACAAGCUGUCGACCCAUGCCACCACCACGUAAGAAACUCUCCCCCAAUCUUUGGCUUCCAGAUCUCUUCAUAACGAAUCCCCUUCAUUCAACAGCGCCUGAGCCCGUCAAUGAUGAUCCGUGCAAUCCUUCGCCCUGCGGGGCUAAUGCGCAAUGCCAGAACGGUAUUUGCACAUGUUUGCCAGAGUACCAGGGCGAUCCGUACCGAGGCUGCAGGCCAGAGUGCGUCUUGAACUCGGACUGCGCUCGGGAUAGGGCCUGUAUUCGUAGCAAAUGUGUAGAUCCUUGUCCGGGCACGUGCGGUCAAGAUGCACUGUGCGAGGUGAUCAAUCACAUUCCGAUGUGCCGUUGUCCGGAUGGAAUGGCCGGAAAUGCAUUCGUGCAGUGUCGACCACAGCAAGCACCGGUUGUGACGAACCCAUGCAGUCCAUCGCCUUGCGGUCCUAAUAGCCAGUGUCGCGAAAUCAAUGGACAAGCCGUCUGCUCUUGUGUUCCGGGAUACAUUGGAAGCCCUCCGACGUGUCGUCCGGAGUGUGUUGUGAGCGCUGAAUGUCCUCAGAAUCAAGCGUGUACCAACCAGAAAUGUAGGGAUCCAUGCCCUGGAACAUGUGGAGUAGGAGCCAGGUGCUCGGUUGUGAAUCACAAUCCAAUUUGCAGCUGUCCAGAAAGAUACACAGGCGAUCCGUUUGUACGCUGUCAGCCCAUGAUUGAGCCUCCAGUACAAAUGACCCCCAGCAACCCUUGCCAACCGUCUCCUUGCGGACCAAAUGCACAGUGCCGCGCAGUGGGUGAUUCGCCAUCUUGCACUUGCAUAGAGGGUAUGAUAGGCGCACCACCCAAUUGCCGCCCGGAAUGCAUCAGCAACUCCGAUUGCUCAAACAAUUUAGCAUGCAUACGACAAAAGUGUCAAGAUCCUUGUCCUGGCGCGUGUGGAGCCAACGCGGAAUGUAGGGUUGUCAGCCAUACUCCGAUGUGCAUUUGUGCCGUUGGAUAUACUGGCGAUCCUUUCACUCAGUGCGUACCUUUCCAACAAGAUACGCCCAAGGACCAGACGACGCCUUGCCUCCCCAACCCAUGCGGAGCCAACGCUCAAUGUAGGGAACAAAACGGUGCUGGAGCAUGCACAUGUAUUGAGGAUCAUUUUGGAAACCCUUACGAAGGAUGCCGUCCAGAGUGUGUGCUCAAUUCGGACUGCCCGUCGAACAGGGCUUGCGUUAGGAACAAAUGUCAAGACCCUUGCCCAGGAACCUGUGGUCAGAAUGCUGACUGCCAGGUCGUCAAUCACCUGCCCUCUUGUACCUGUUUCCCCGGAUACGAAGGAGAUCCGUUCCGAUAUUGUAACAUUCAACAAAGAGAACCGGUACAAGAGUAUGUCAAUCCUUGCCAACCGAGUCCCUGUGGUCCCAACAGUCAAUGCCGAGAGGUUAACGGACAGGCCGUUUGCUCGUGUCUGCCCACUUAUGUUGGUUCUCCUCCGGGAUGUCGCCCAGAGUGUGUGGUGAGCUCGGAAUGCGCCUUAAAUACGGCUUGUGUCAACCAGAAGUGCGUUGAUCCGUGCCCUGGAACGUGCGGAACCAAUGCUAGGUGCAACGUCAAUAACCACAGCCCCAUUUGCUCAUGUCAAUCAGGAUUCACUGGUGACCCGUUCACGAGAUGCUACCCCAUACCACCUCCGGUACAAGAUACUCCGAUCGUUGUAAGGAACCCGUGCGUUCCUUCUCCGUGCGGUCCAAACUCACAGUGCCGUGAUGUAAACGGCUCUCCUUCGUGUUCAUGUCUGAUCAACUACAUUGGAUCUCCGCCUAAUUGUCGCCCAGAGUGUACAAUUAACGCGGAAUGUCCAAGCAAUCAGGCGUGCAUGAACGAGAAGUGUCGGGACCCUUGUCCGGGAUCGUGUGGCAUCAAUGCAAGAUGCAAUGUGAUCAACCAUACUCCCAUUUGUACAUGCGAGGAGGGAUACACUGGGGAUCCUUUCACAAGCUGUCGACCCAUGCCACCGCCACCGCCUGAGCCCGUCAAUGAUGAUCCGUGCAAUCCUUCGCCCUGCGGGGCUAAUGCGCAAUGCCAGAACGGUAUUUGCACAUGUUUGCCAGAGUACCAGGGCGAUCCGUACCGAGGCUGCAGGCCAGAGUGCGUCUUGAACUCGGACUGCGCUCGGGAUAGGGCCUGUAUUCGUAGCAAAUGUGUAGAUCCUUGUCCGGGCACGUGCGGUCAAGAUGCACUGUGCGAGGUGAUCAAUCACAUUCCGAUGUGCCGUUGUCCGGAUGGAAUGGCCGGAAAUGCAUUCGUGCAGUGUCGACCACAGCAAGCACCGGUUGUGACGAACCCAUGCAGUCCAUCGCCUUGCGGUCCUAAUAGCCAGUGUCGCGAAAUCAAUGGACAAGCCGUCUGCUCUUGUGUUCCGGGAUACAUUGGAAGCCCUCCGACGUGUCGUCCGGAGUGUGUUGUGAGCGCUGAAUGUCCUCAGAAUCAAGCGUGUACCAACCAGAAAUGUAGGGAUCCAUGCCCUGGAACAUGUGGAGUAGGAGCCAGGUGCUCGGUUGUGAAUCACAAUCCAAUUUGCAGCUGUCCAGAAAGAUACACAGGCGAUCCGUUCGUACGCUGUCAGCCCAUGAUCGAGCCUCCAGUACAAAUGACCCCCAGCAACCUUUGCCAACCGUCUCCUUGCGGACCAAAUGCACAGUGCCGCGCAGUGGGUGAUUCGCCAUCUUGCACUUGCAUAGAGGGUAUGAUAGGCGCACCACCCAAUUGCCGCCCGGAAUGCAUCAGCAACUCCGAUUGCUCAAACAAUUUAGCAUGCAUACGACAAAAGUGUCAAGAUCCUUGUCCUGGCGCGUGUGGUGCCAACGCGGAAUGUAGGGUUGUCAGCCAUACUCCGAUGUGCAUUUGUGCCGUUGGAUAUACUGGCGAUCCUUUCACUCAAUGCGUACCUUUCCAACAAGAUACGCCCAAGGACCAGACGACGCCUUGCCUCCCCAACCCAUGCGGAGCCAACGCUCAAUGUAGGGAACAAAACGGUGCUGGAGCAUGCACAUGUAUUGAGGAUCAUUUUGGAAACCCUUACGAAGGAUGCCGUCCAGAGUGUGUGCUCAAUUCGGACUGCCCGUCGAACAGGGCUUGCGUUAGGAACAAAUGUCAAGACCCUUGCCCAGGAACCUGUGGUCAGAAUGCUGACUGCCAGGUCGUCAAUCACCUGCCCUCUUGUACCUGUUUCCCCGGAUACGAAGGAGAUCCGUUCCGAUAUUGUAACAUUCAACAAAGAGAACCGGUACAAGAGUAUGUCAAUCCUUGCCAACCGAGUCCCUGUGGUCCCAACAGUCAAUGCCGAGAGGUUAACGGACAGGCCGUUUGCUCGUGUCUGCCCACUUAUGUUGGUUCUCCUCCGGGAUGUCGCCCAGAGUGUGUGGUGAGCUCGGAAUGCGCCCUGGAUAAGGCUUGUGUCAACCAGAAGUGCGUUGAUCCGUGCCCUGGAACGUGCGGAACCAAUGCUAGGUGCAACGUCAAUAACCACAGCCCCAUUUGCUCAUGUCAAUCAGGAUUCACUGGUGACCCGUUCACGAGAUGCUACCCCAUACCACCUCCGGUACAAGAUACUCCGAUCGUUGUAAGGAACCCGUGCGUUCCUUCUCCGUGCGGUCCAAACUCACAGUGCCGUGAUGUAAACGGCUCUCCUUCGUGUUCAUGUCUGAUCAACUACAUUGGAUCUCCGCCUAAUUGUCGCCCAGAGUGUACAAUUAACGCGGAAUGUCCAAGCAAUCAGGCGUGCAUGAACGAGAAGUGUCGGGACCCUUGUCCGGGAUCGUGUGGCAUCAAUGCAAGAUGCAAUGUGAUCAACCAUACUCCCAUUUGUACAUGCGAGGAGGGAUACACUGGGGAUCCUUUCACAAGCUGUCGACCCAUGCCACCGCCACCGCCUGAGCCCGUCAAUGAUGAUCCGUGCAAUCCUUCGCCCUGCGGGGCUAAUGCGCAAUGCCAGAACGGUAUUUGCACAUGUUUGCCAGAGUACCAGGGCGAUCCGUACCGAGGCUGCAGGCCAGAGUGCGUCUUGAACUCGGACUGCGCUCGGGAUAGGGCCUGUAUUCGUAGCAAAUGUGUAGAUCCUUGUCCGGGCACGUGCGGUCAAGAUGCACUGUGCGAGGUGAUCAAUCACAUUCCAAUGUGCCGUUGUCCGGAUGGAAUGGCCGGAAAUGCAUUCGUGCAGUGUCGACCACAGCAAGCACCGGUUGUGACGAACCCAUGCAGUCCAUCGCCUUGCGGUCCUAAUAGCCAGUGUCGCGAAAUCAAUGGACAAGCCGUCUGCUCUUGUGUUCCGGGAUACAUUGGAAGCCCUCCGACGUGUCGUCCGGAGUGUGUUGUGAGCGCUGAAUGUCCUCAGAAUCAAGCGUGUACCAACCAGAAAUGUAGGGAUCCAUGCCCUGGAACAUGUGGAGUAGGAGCCAGGUGCUCGGUUGUGAAUCACAAUCCAAUUUGCAGCUGUCCAGAAAGAUACACAGGCGAUCCGUUCGUACGCUGUCAGCCCAUGAUCGAGCCUCCAGUACAAAUGACCCCCAGCAACCCUUGCCAACCGUCUCCUUGCGGACCAAAUGCACAGUGCCGCGCAGUGGGUGAUUCGCCAUCUUGCACUUGCAUAGAGGGUAUGAUAGGCGCACCACCCAAUUGCCGCCCGGAAUGCAUCAGCAACUCCGAUUGCUCAAACAAUUUAGCAUGCAUACGACAAAAGUGUCAAGAUCCUUGUCCUGGCGCGUGUGGAGCCAACGCGGAAUGUAGGGUUGUCAGCCAUACUCCGAUGUGCAUUUGUGCCGUUGGAUAUACUGGCGAUCCUUUCACUCAGUGCGUACCUUUCCAACAAGAUACGCCCAAGGACCAGACGACGCCUUGCCUCCCCAACCCAUGCGGAGCCAACGCUCAAUGUAGGGAACAAAACGGUGCUGGAGCAUGCACAUGUAUUGAGGAUCAUUUUGGAAACCCUUACGAAGGAUGCCGUCCAGAGUGUGUGCUCAAUUCGGACUGCCCGUCGAACAGGGCUUGCGUUAGGAACAAAUGUCAAGACCCUUGCCCAGGAACCUGUGGUCAGAAUGCUGACUGCCAGGUCGUCAAUCACCUGCCCUCUUGUACCUGUUUCCCCGGAUACGAAGGAGAUCCGUUCCGAUAUUGUAACAUUCAACAAAGAGAACCGGUACAAGAGUAUGUCAAUCCUUGCCAACCGAGUCCCUGUGGUCCCAACAGUCAAUGCCGAGAGGUUAACGGACAGGCCGUUUGCUCGUGUCUGCCCACUUAUGUUGGUUCUCCUCCGGGAUGUCGCCCAGAGUGUGUGGUGAGCUCGGAAUGCGCCCUGGAUAAGGCUUGUGUCAACCAGAAGUGCGUUGAUCCGUGCCCUGGAACGUGCGGAACCAAUGCUAGGUGCAACGUCAAUAACCACAGCCCCAUUUGCUCAUGUCAAUCAGGAUUCACUGGUGACCCGUUCACGAGAUGCUACCCCAUACCACCUCCGGUACAAGAUACUCCGAUCGUUGUAAGGAACCCGUGCGUUCCUUCUCCGUGCGGUCCAAACUCACAGUGCCGUGAUGUAAACGGCUCUCCUUCGUGUUCAUGUCUGAUCAACUACAUUGGAUCUCCGCCUAAUUGUCGCCCAGAGUGUACAAUUAACGCGGAAUGUCCAAGCAAUCAGGCGUGCAUGAACGAGAAGUGUCGGGACCCUUGUCCGGGAUCGUGUGGCAUCAAUGCAAGAUGCAAUGUGAUCAACCAUACUCCCAUUUGUACAUGCGAGGAGGGAUACACUGGAGAUCCUUUCACAAGCUGUCGACCCAUGCCACCACCACGUAAGAAACUCUCCCCCAAUCUUUGGCUUCCAGAUCUCUUCAUAACGAAUCCCCUUCAUUCAACAGCGCCUGAGCCCGUCAAUGAUGAUCCGUGCAAUCCUUCGCCCUGCGGGGCUAAUGCGCAAUGCCAGAACGGUAUUUGCACAUGUUUGCCAGAGUACCAGGGCGAUCCGUACCGAGGCUGCAGGCCAGAGUGCGUCUUGAACUCGGACUGCGGUCGGGAUAGGGCCUGUAUUCGUAGCAAAUGUGUAGAUCCUUGUCCGGGCACGUGCGGUCAAGAUGCACUGUGCGAGGUGAUCAAUCACAUUCCGAUGUGCCGUUGUCCGGAUGGAAUGGCCGGAAAUGCAUUCGUGCAGUGUCGACCGCAGCAAGCACCGGUUGUGACGAACCCAUGCAGUCCAUCGCCUUGCGGUCCUAAUAGCCAGUGUCGCGAAAUCAAUGGACAAGCCGUCUGCUCUUGUGUUCCGGGAUACAUUGGAAGCCCUCCGACGUGUCGUCCGGAGUGUGUUGUGAGCGCUGAAUGUCCUCAGAAUCAAGCGUGUACCAACCAGAAAUGUAGGGAUCCAUGCCCUGGAACAUGUGGAGUAGGAGCCAGGUGCUCGGUUGUGAAUCACAAUCCAAUUUGCAGCUGUCCAGAAAGAUACACAGGCGAUCCGUUCGUACGCUGUCAGCCCAUGAUCGAGCCUCCAGUACAAAUGACCCCCAGCAACCCUUGCCAACCGUCUCCUUGCGGACCAAAUGCACAGUGCCGCGCAGUGGGUGAUUCGCCAUCUUGCACUUGCAUAGAGGGUAUGAUAGGCGCACCACCCAAUUGCCGCCCGGAAUGCAUCAGCAACUCCGAUUGCUCAAACAAUUUAGCAUGCAUACGACAAAAGUGUCAAGAUCCUUGUCCUGGCGCGUGUGGUGCCAACGCGGAAUGUAGGGUUGUCAGCCAUACUCCGAUGUGCAUUUGUGCCGUUGGAUAUACUGGCGAUCCUUUCACUCAGUGCGUUCCUUUCCAACAAGAUACGCCCAAGGACCAGACGACGCCUUGCCUCCCCAACCCAUGCGGAGCCAACGCUCAAUGUAGGGAACAAAACGGUGCUGGAGCAUGCACAUGUAUUGAGGAUCAUUUUGGAAACCCUUACGAAGGAUGCCGUCCAGAGUGUGUGCUCAAUUCGGACUGCCCGUCGAACAGGGCUUGCGUUAGGAACAAAUGUCAAGACCCUUGCCCAGGAACCUGUGGUCAGAAUGCUGACUGCCAGGUCGUCAAUCACCUGCCCUCUUGUACCUGUUUCGCCGGAUACGAAGGAGAUCCGUUCCGAUAUUGUAACAUUCAACAAAGAGAACCGGUACAAGAGUAUGUCAAUCCUUGCCAACCGAGUCCCUGUGGUCCCAACAGUCAAUGCCGAGAGGUUAACGGACAGGCCGUUUGCUCGUGUCUGCCCACUUAUGUUGGUUCUCCUCCGGGAUGUCGACCAGAGUGUGUGGUGAGCUCGGAAUGCGCCCUGGAUAAGGCUUGUGUCAACCAGAAGUGCGUUGAUCCGUGCCCUGGAACGUGCGGAACCAAUGCUAGGUGCAACGUCAAUAACCACAGCCCCAUUUGCUCAUGUCAAUCAGGAUUCACUGGUGACCCGUUCACGAGAUGCUACCCCAUACCACCUCCGGUACAAGAUACUCCGAUCGUUGUAAGGAACCCGUGCGUUCCUUCUCCGUGCGGUCCAAACUCACAGUGCCGUGAUGUAAACGGCUCUCCUUCGUGUUCAUGUCUGAUCAACUACAUUGGAUCUCCGCCUAAUUGUCGCCCAGAGUGUACAAUUAACGCGGAAUGUCCAAGCAAUCAGGCGUGCAUGAACGAGAAGUGUCGGGACCCUUGUCCGGGAUCGUGUGGCAUCAAUGCAAGAUGCAAUGUGAUCAACCAUACUCCCAUUUGUACAUGCGAGGAGGGAUACACUGGAGAUCCUUUCACAAGCUGUCGACCCAUGCCACCGCCACCGCCUGAGCCCGUCAAUGAUGAUCCGUGCAAUCCUUCGCCCUGCGGGGCUAAUGCGCAAUGCCAGAACGGUAUUUGCACAUGUUUGCCAGAGUACCAGGGCGAUCCGUACCGAGGCUGCAGGCCAGAGUGCGUCUUGAACUCGGACUGCGCUCGGGAUAGGGCCUGUAUUCGUAGCAAAUGUGUAGAUCCUUGUCCGGGCACGUGCGGUCAAGAUGCACUGUGCGAGGUGAUCAAUCACAUUCCAAUGUGCCGUUGUCCGGAUGGAAUGGCCGGAAAUGCAUUCGUGCAGUGUCGACCACAGCAAGCACCGGUUGUGACGAACCCAUGCAGUCCAUCGCCUUGCGGUCCUAAUAGCCAGUGUCGCGAAAUCAAUGGACAAGCCGUCUGCUCUUGUUUAUCCGGCUAUUUCGGAAGCCCACCCAUGUGCCGUCCGGAAUGCACUGGUAACUCCGAAUGUUUGCUUUCGCUUGCGUGUAUCAAUUUCAAGUGUGCGGAUCCAUGUCCUGGUAGCUGUGGAUUUGCUGCGCGCUGUACAACGGUCAACCACAACCCCAUAUGUACUUGUCCUCCAAAAAUGACCGGCGAUCCGUUCACAAGAUGUUAUGAAAUCGCUGAAAAAUCUCCGCCUCUGAACAUACCCGCCGAUCCAUGCCAACCGUCUCCCUGCGGUCCCAACGCUCUUUGUGCGAAUAACAACGGUGUACCAUCGUGUAGCUGCCAGCCAGAAAUGGUUGGCUCUCCGCCAAAUUGUCGACCAGAGUGCACUAGCCACUCGGACUGUUCACGUGUCCAGGCAUGUUCCAAACAAAAAUGUGUUGAUCCGUGUCUGAACGCGUGUGGUUCCGAUGCCAGAUGUCACGUUUCAUUACAUGUAGCAAACUGUUUCUGUCCGGACGGAUACGAAGGGGACCCGUUCCGCGCAUGUACAUUAAAAAUUACCACGCCGCCGCCACAGGCUGAACCGAGAGAUCCAUGCUAUCCAUCUCCGUGCGGUGUUAAUGCACGUUGCCGACCGGCAAAUGGCGAAACAGCGAUUUGUGAAUGCAUUGAAAACUACUUCGGAAACCCGUACGAAUCUUGUCGACCGGAGUGCGUUGCCAAUGGAGACUGUCAAAAGUCCUUGGCUUGCAUUAACAAUCGCUGCAAGGAUCCAUGCCCUGGCGUAUGUGGCAGGAAUGCAGAAUGUGCCGUAGUUAACCACACUCCCGUCUGCUCGUGUCCCGAUGGAAUGAAGGGCAACGCGUUUGAGCAAUGUUUGCGCGAGGAAGUCACUCCACCGCCAUCAGACCCAUGCUAUCCAUCGCCCUGUGGCCAGAACACGGUGUGCCGUGUAUUCAACGGUAAUGCUGUUUGCGAAUGCUUGCCCGAGUUCAAGGGAAGUCCGUUCGGCCGGGGCUGUUACCCCGAGUGCGUGAUUAACAGCGACUGUCCGAGGGAUAGAACGUGCGUCAACAAAAAAUGCGUCGAUCCCUGUCCAGGCGUGUGUGGUUACAGAGCCGAAUGUCACGCGAUCAACAACAGUCCGGUCUGCUCGUGCCCAAGGGACAUGAUCGGUGAUCCGUUCGUCGAGUGCAAGCUUGCACCGCCAAAGGAUCCGUGUAACCCGUCGCCCUGCCGUACCAACGGUAUUUGCCGCGUGGUUGCUGAUCGUGCAGAAUGCCAGUAUCCGGAAUGUAUCAUCAACUCCGACUGUUCCACCAAUCGAGCAUGCUACAAUCAACGGUGCCAGGAUCCUUGCGUCGGUGCAUGUGGUAUCAAUGCGCUGUGUAGUGUAAUCAAUCACUCGCCGGUAUGUUCGUGUCCGGCUCGCCAUGCUGGUUCGCCGUUCGUGCAGUGCGUACCGCAACGCGACGAGCCGCAGCAGCCACAGCCGGAAUGCACUAGCGACGGCCAGUGUACCAAUGACAAGGCGUGCAUCGGUGGACAGUGCCAGAAUCCUUGCACGGUCAGCACAGGACUUUGCACCCAGAACGCCGAGUGUCGCGUGCAGUUCCAUCGUGCGAUUUGCGCUUGCCGCGAAGGGUACACGGGCAAUGCGCAGCUAGCCUGCUACGAGAUCGGAUGCCGCAGCGAUAGCGACUGUCCAGCAACGGAGGCGUGCGUGAACAAGAACUGUAUCGAUCCGUGCCGUCACACACAGUGCGGCCGCAAUGCGUACUGCAAGUCGGACUACAAUCACAAUGCCCGCUGCCACUGCAUGGAUGGAUAUCGGGGCAAUCCUUUGGUCGGUUGCACCAGGCCAGAGUGCACCAGCAACGACGAGUGCCCGUACCACCAGUCAUGCCAGAAUGAGCAGUGCCGUGACCCGUGCAACUGUGCCCCGAACGCACAGUGCAGGGUGGACAACCAUCAGGCCAACUGCCGCUGCCCACCAGGAUACACGGGUGAUCCGCUGUUUUCGUGUGAAAAGAUUGCGGUUCGUGACCCUGCCCAAUGUACGAUGGACGCAGACUGUCCGAGUAAGCUGGCAUGCUUCGAGGGCGUGUGCAAGAACCCGUGCACGGAAACGAAACCCUGCGCAGAGCAUGCGGUUUGCACGGUGCAGGACACGCUGCCGCUCCGAACCAUGUACUGCGUCUGCGAGGAAGGUUACGCGGGCGAUGCGGAAAGACAGUGCUUGCCAGUAUCGAAAGAUGAACCGGGAUGCUACAGUGACGUCGAGUGUGCGCCGACCGAAUCUUGCAGAGCACGAGUUUGUGUGGACGUAUGCAGCGACUACAAUCCUUGCGCAUCGAGCGCGGAAUGCUUGGCGCAAAGCCAUAAGGCCAUCUGCUCCUGCCCUGUCGGUACGGUGGGAGAUCCGUUCCAGAACUGCUACAAGCCGCCGGUUGUGUCGCCCGAAUGUGUCGUCGAUGCCGAUUGCUCAUCGAGCAUGGCAUGCGUCAACGAACGGUGCCAGGAUCCGUGCGCCGGCAGCAAUCCGUGCGGAGGCAACGCAGAGUGUCGUGCCGUCUAUCACCGACCGCACUGCACCUGUCCCAUCGGAUGGGGUGGAGAUCCAAAGACGCAAUGUUACAAGCCGGAAUGUAAGAUCGACGCGGAGUGUCCGUUCGAUAAGGCAUGUUUCAACGAGAAGUGCAUCAGUCCGUGCACGUACGGUGCUACUCAGUGCGGCCGUGGGGCUGACUGUGUAGCCCAAAGCCACCGGGCAGUGUGCAUUUGUCCGCUGGGCACGCAGGGCAAUCCGUUCGUAUCGUGCGUCACGGGAAUGUGUCAGUACAACGAGGAUUGUGCCGAGCACGAAGCGUGCGACCGUUUGAACCGCGUCUGCCGCCCGGUGUGCGACGACGAAACGUGCGCUCGUACCGCCACUUGUGUGGCCAGGAAUCAUCAAGCGAGCUGCGAGUGUGCCCCGGGAAUGCGGGGCAAUCCGUACGUCGAGUGCAUGCGCGAUGUGCCCGAGCCGGAGUGCCGCAUGGACAGUGAGUGCGGUUCGCAGCAGGCCUGCAUACGCAACAGAUGCGUAAACCCCUGCACGGAGCUAACGCCGUGCGCGAGCCAGCAGAAGUGCAGCGUAAUAGACACGCUGCCGCUGCGCACCAUCAUCUGCGCCUGUCAGACGGACAUGCUGAUGGAUCGGUCCGGAAGCUGCAAGCCGAUCGUCAUCGAGGAGUGUCGCUUGGAUAGCGAUUGUGCCGAUACGGACCGCUGCCUGCGCGGACAGUGCGUCGAGGCGUGCAAGGCCGAUCCGUGCGGCAUCAAUGCGCAGUGUGCUUCCGCGAACCAUCGGGCGCAGUGUACCUGCUCGCCGGGUUAUGUAGGAAAUGCGCACAUCGAGUGUCUACCGGAACCGCGCGUUACAUCGCCGAAAGAGUGUGCCGCGGAUGACGAUUGUUCGGACGAUCGGGCGUGUUUCAACGAUCGCUGCGUGAACCCGUGCGUAAGUGAUGCUUGCGGACGGGGCGCGCUGUGCCGCACCAGCAACCACAAGGCGGUGUGCAACUGUCCAAGUGGAUAUACGAUGGACGGCAAUGGUAACUGUAUACCACCGGCCGGCGAUCUACCACGCUGUCGUUCGAACUCGGACUGUACGCGAAGCGAAACGUGCGUUAACGAGAUAUGCGCCAAUCCGUGCAACUGCGGCCAGAAUGCGGACUGCUUCGUGAAGGACCACUACCCGGUAUGCAGCUGCCGUCCGGGAUAUUCGGGCAACGCGCAAACCGGUUGCUUCAAGCUGGAGUGCCAGGCGGACAGCGACUGCACCAACGACAAGCAGUGCACGAACGGUGCGUGCGUCGAUCCCUGCCUGUAUCAGAAUCCUUGCGCACUGAACGCGGAAUGCUACGGCGAUCGUCAUCGAGCGGCCUGCCGCUGCCUGCCCGGACUGGAGGGUAAUCCCUUCGAGCGGUGUCGCCGAGUGGAAUGUCACUACGAUGGUGAGUGCGCGAAAACGCUCGCCUGCCAGCAGGAGCAGUGCGUGGAUCCGUGUGCCAAUUCACCGUGCGCCCAGAAUGCGCAAUGCUUCGUGAGCAACCACCAGGCGCAGUGCAAGUGCCCUGAGCAGAUGCCGGAGGGCAAUCCGUACUCGUUCUGCAGACCGCGUGCCGUGGAACGCGAGGAGUGCCGUGUGGAUGGCGACUGUCCAAGCCGCAUGGCGUGCAUCGGAAACCGUUGCCUCAACCCGUGCGACGAGCUGCGCCCAUGUGCCGCGUCCGCGCUGUGUACGGUGCAGGACUCGGUGCCAGUGCGCACGAUGGUGUGCGAAUGUCCACCACUGCACGUGCCAGACAGUGCUGGAGAAUGUAGGCGCAUUGUGCUGCAGACACCGGUAGGUGUGUGUACGACGGAUUCGGAGUGCUCCGAGCAGGAGGCUUGCAUCAACCGACAGUGUCGCGAUCCGUGCAGCUGCGGAUCGAAUGCGAUCUGCACGAUUAAGAACCAUCGGGCGGUGUGCUCGUGCGAGGACGGCUACGAGGGCAAUCCCAACGUGGCCUGCCGUGCGAUUGGAUGCCGUGUUGAUUCGGAGUGCGAAACCAGCAAGGCGUGCGUGAACGGCAACUGCGUCAACCCGUGUCUCGACCACAACCCGUGCGGUAUCGGGGCGGAAUGCUUCGGGCGGGCGAAUCGGGCCGAAUGUCGCUGUUUGAGCGGCUACCGGGGCAACCCACUGGUGCAGUGCAAUGUGGUCGAGUGCCGCAGCAACAACGACUGCCCGGACGACAAGCAGUGCCGCAACGCGCAGUGCGUCAAUCCGUGCAUCUACGAGAACUCGUGCUCGCCGCGGGCCGAAUGCCGCGCACAGAACCAUCUGGUCGUCUGCCGCUGUCCGGUUGGGCUGGUAGGCAAUCCGUACGUCGACUGCCGGCCGGAAGUGGUGCCUGAGUGCCAGUAUGACACCGACUGCCCGGGCCAUCUGGCCUGCAUCGACAACAAAUGCACGGAACCGUGCAGUGCGCUAACGCCCUGCAAUCAGCCGGCCCGCUGCGAGGUGGUACCAUCUUCACCGGUGCGCACAAUGCUGUGCACCUGUCCGGACGGCUACGUAAGCAGCGGUAGCGGUACUUGCAAGCCGGUUGUGAAGGCGGGCUGCAUCUCCGACUCGGACUGCUCGAGCGACACGGCCUGCAUCAACAGCAUCUGCCGCGACCCGUGCAACUGUGGCCCGAACGCGGAGUGUCGCGUGAAGGACCACAAACCGGUCUGCUCGUGCGCCCAGGGCUACGACGGUGAUCCGGAGACGCAGUGCAUCAAGAUCGAGUGCCGAUCCGAUAGCGACUGCUCGGGGCAGCACACGUGCUACAACCGACAGUGCGUACCGGCCUGCUCGAUGGAAAGCUGCGGCACGCAGGCGGAGUGUAUCGGCGUGAACCAUCGUGCCGUGUGUGAGUGUGUGCCGGGCUACGAGGGCAAUCCGAAGGUGGCAUGCAAACUGAUCGGCUGCCGCCGGGAUUCGGACUGCCCGCUGGACAAGGCGUGCAUCAACGGCCAGUGCGGUAAUCCGUGCGAGCUGCAGGCAGUGUGCGCCCAGAACGAGCAGUGCCAGGUGUACCAGCAUCGGCCGGAGUGUGCUUGCCCGCCACCGUUCGAAAACGACCCGCUGCAGGGUUGCGUGCUGCGCGACGAUCGCUGCAUGACGGACGGUGAGUGUCCAUCGCAGACGGCGUGCAUACAGGGCGAAUGCGUUAACCCGUGCAAUGUGACGGAACCGUGCGGCGUGAACUCGAACUGCAAGGUGCUGGACACGCUGCCGGUGCGCACGAUGAUAUGCGAAUGUCUGCCAGGAUACCAGGGCAAUGCGGCGAUACAGUGCGACAAGAUGGCGCUAUGUCCUACAGACCGUGGGUUCGUGCGUAACUCGAACGGGGAAUGUGUUUGCCCGCCAGGGUACGGACUCUCGCUGUACGACGACUGUCAGCCGUGUCGCGAAGAGGAUGGACUCAAGGUGGACGAGACGGGCCGGUGCGUUUGUGCGCUGGAGCGAGGGCUCAUCAUCGACGAGCGUGGUCGCUGUAUCUGUCCAAUCGAGUACGGCUACCGGUUGACCAGCCGGGGCGAAUGCGUUCGCAGUGAGAAGCCCGAAUGUGAACGGGACGAACACUGCGCCGAUUGGCGGUACUGUAAUCUUGAGUCCAAGACGUGCGAUGAUCCUUGCCAGCGGAAGAUCUGCGGUACCAAUGCGCUGUGCAAUGCCACGAACCAUCAAGCAGUGUGUCAGUGCAUUACGGGAUACACUGGCAAUCCAGAGGAACAUUGCAAUCAAACAACCAACUUCCGCACAGACUUCCCGCAGCCCGAGAUGGUAGUGACCUGCCAAGCUGACGGAGUGCAAGUCGUCAUCGAUCUGGCCGAAUCGAACUUCAACGGUGUGCUGUACGUGAAGGGCCACAGCAAGGACGAGGAGUGUCGGCGGGUCGUGAACUUGGCUGGCGACACCUCUUCGGCGCGCACACAGAUCUUCAAGGUACACUUCGGCAGCUGUGGGCUGAUCCAUGUCAAUGGCAUCGCGAGCUUCGUCUUGGUCAUCCAGAAGCACCCGAAGUUGGUGACGUACAAGGCACAGGCGUACCACAUCAAGUGUGUCUAUCAAACGGGCGAACAGAACGUUACGCUAGGCUUCAACGUGCAGAUGCUGACGACGGCCGGAACGAUCGCAAACACCGGGCCGCCGCCUACCUGUGCCAUGCGCAUAGUCGCGUUCAAUGGCGAGGAAAUCAAUUCGGCUGAAAUCGGCGACAACUUGCGACUGCAGGUGGAGGUACAGCCAGCAACUAUCUACGGUGGAUUUGCACGCAGUUGCGUAGCCAAGACGAUGGAGGAAAGUGUCGAAAACGAAUACAUCGUCACGGACGAGGACGGCUGUGCGACAGACCCCUCGAUCUUUGGCGAUUGGGAGUACAACGCGGAAACGAACAGCCUGCUGGCGAGCUUCAACGCAUUCAAGUUCCCUUCGAGCGAUAACAUCCGCUUCCAGUGUAACAUUCGGGUCUGCUUCGGCAAGUGCCAACCGGUCAACUGCCAUGGCGCGAAUGCGUACGGUAAGCGCCGUCGACGCCGUGAAGCGCUUGGCAUCGAUAUGAUGAGUACGAUCGAGGUGGUGUACAACCGUACCAAGCGGGCCGCUGACGAUACGGCACUUGCCACGGACGACUCGCUCGGCAUGGAAGGCACCCUGCGGGAGGAAAUUACGAUCCAGUCCAACGCGAUUCUUACGCUAGAGAAGCGCGAAGAACGAUCGUACGACUCGAACAACAUCACACCAGCGGCACAGCGUGUGGAGGACAUUUGUGUAUCGAUGAUUGGGUUGAUAUUGGCGCUGGUGAUUACUGCACUGUUGGCCUUGGUGGCCGUUGCAGUGGCCGUGUCCUGCUGGCUGAUGGCGUAUCGACGACGACCAACAAUCACUGGACCGCUGCCCCACCCGCCCGAAUUCCCCAAUCCACUCUUUGCGCACCAUGAGCCGUCGGAACCGUCGCAUCAUGAUUUCAUGGGAUAGAUCUAGCAAAUCGCACAAAAAAACUAUCACGAAACAAAACACACAAACACAUAAACAAACAAAUCGAAAAUCGAUUAACCGAAACGACAAUAAAACGAAACAAAAUGUAAAGAAUUAAUUUAAAGACAAAAAUACUAGUGCUGCACACAUCGACCACUAAUCUGAGAUUAGAUGUAGUUGUAGUAACUCAAAUUAAACGAUUCGAUAGCUGACGAAGAGCGUGGAAGAAAUUCGUGGCUCCUCGCACACCAGCUAAGGGUAGAUACAAGUUAGGAAGAAAUAUGUAAAUAGUAUUAAAUUAAAACCCAAAGGGGAGCGCAAAAGAAAGGGUAAUUGCUCAAAGAGCGCCAAGGAUGCUCUCUUGAAGAAAGGGGAAAACACGAACCCCAACACAAUUAUCGGAAAGCAUCUUUGCGAAUGUAGUAGAAACUCGAAACCAGUGUCCUUCGUAGAUACAUUUAGUUAGCAUAGUUGCAAAUUCUUACUAGCGUACUGUAAAGUAUGGAAUGCGCAAGAUCAGAGUUAGCAGCAGUCCCGCGUAUGAGAGCAUUACGGUAUGUUUUCAACAGCCAAAUCACCACAAACGAACGCUUGCAGCUAUGGUCGAUCGCAUUCCAGCGCAUCCAUACCAUCUCCUCCGUCGAUCGUUCCUAGUCCUUUAUUUAUUAAUGUUGAUAUGAUGGUUAAAAUAUCAAUGGGUGAGCGUGCUUUUCCCCGAAAUAAUCUGCCAGAUACGUUUAGGGAAGUGCUCAUCCUGUGCACUCCGCAGAUGGGCUGUCCACCAGGGUCACACCAUCAGCACCGCACCGUGUGUGUUUGGCAAGUGUGCCCGCGUACGAGUGUCGUGUCGUAUUGGCAGCAAUGGUUCCGUUUUAACUGUAAUUUAUUGAUAUUUUAAAGUAUGCUUUUCAUAUAUACUGAACGAAUGAACGACGAUCGGCGGAGGAUUUGACGACGGAAUGUUAGUGACAUAUGUAAUAAUAAUUUGUUUUCCUUUUUGUUCCAGUGUUUUGUUCAUCUGAAACACUUACUUGGUGUUGUAUAGUAGUUUGUUGGCCUGCGGGCGUAAUACAAAAAGAAACGAGCGUUAGAGCGUCUUGGAACAAAAUGCAAUGUACUGCUGCGAAAAGUGAUGCCAACUCUUUUUGAAACCUUUUUGAAGCUAUAACGACACUCACUACCCUUUACUGCCAUGGACGGUUUUGACCGUUGCUGCGAAAAGGUUUACUUCUGCCGUACCGCUCCGUCCGUCUACCAUACGCUACCGGUCAAUGUGCAUCACCAUGUGAGGAGCAGCGACCAAACUGGUUGCAUAUUUUCCGGAAUAUGUGUAGCAAGGCCACCGGAUACGGCAAAAAGUAUGAAGUAUACUUCCUUUCACCAACUACAAAAUUUACUGCCAAGUUCAUUUGUAUCGAAAUUUCUGUUGCUUGCUAACCACUGGCUGCUCCGGAAGGCUCGGUAAAACUACCAAAACCAGUGUUCAAAUUUAAUAGGAACAAACAAACGUACAGCAAUCACAUUUUCGGAGCAGACGUUCACUAGCAAAGCUUUGUUUGCCCUAUGCUUUACAGUAACUUUCAGCCUAAAGUAGCUAAUGUAUAAAUGUAUUCAGGUUCUCUUAGAAGACUGCCACCAAAACUGAUCACAGCACUAACCGUACAAGUACGCUCCUUGUUUUGUACAGCAGGAUCGACACUCGCACGGCGUACUUUACGUUUCCAUUUAGUUAUUUAGUUGUUCGUUUUCUUUCGAUGCAGCCGUACUGAAAACAUUCUGAAAGGCACUCUUACGAAUAUGAAUAGUAAAAAAAACACGAAACGAAUCUACACUAAUAGGAAAAAGAAAAAAAAACGUGACAAUAAACAAUAAUACUAAUCAAAUA